GAAUAAAAUCUAUUGAUUCAUAAAAUCCGCAUCCCACAUAUUCCCGCUACGCUUCUCCUUCAUACACACACUUGCAGACAUACUCUAUCUCCUUCUCUCUCACACAUACAUACGCAGACUCCUCCUUCCUCUCUCCUCCUCCUCCUCCUCAUCAGUUGGUCCUGUGCCUUCUUGCCGGGACGGUAUAACAGUAGCCAUACAGAGAGUGGACCGGCGGUGGAUGGGGACGGACAGUAGCCGCAGCAGCAGCAGCAGUCGGGCGCACCGACCGAAGCAUGCUCCAGCGCAGCCAUGACUUGCUCGGCGUCAGAUAGCGAGAAGAUCGUGAUCAACUGCGGUGGGAUCCGACACGAGACCUACCGGAGCACACUGAAGACGCUGCCGGGGACGCGCUUGUCUUGGCUUACCGAGCCCGACGCCUACAGCAACUUCGACUACGACCCCAAGUCCGACGAGUUCUUUUUUGACCGCCACCCGGCCACCUUCGCCUUCAUCCUCAACUACUACCGCACCGGCAAGCUCCACUGCCCUGGCGAUGUUUGUGGGCCCCUCUUUGAGGAGGAGCUUGCCUUCUGGGGCAUCGAUGAGACGGACGUGGAGGCGUGCUGCUGGAUGAACUACCGGCAGCACCGCGACGCGGAGGAAGCCCUGGACAGUUUCGAGACCCCCGAGCCGGACGCCCCCGAAGAUGACCCGGCACUCACCGGAGGUGCAGACGGUGACCUGAAACGGCUGUGCAUGCAGGAGGAUGGCCGCAGAGCGACGUGGUGGGAGGUGUGGCAGCCCAAGAUGUGGGCUCUGUUUGAAGACCCCUACUCUUCCAAAUACGCACGGGUGAGUGAGUUCCCGAGCAGUCAAUGGAAGGAUCUCUCUCACUGCUGGUACCCCUUAUUUUUUCCUUCUUGGCCGUCUCUUACUUUCUCGCUGUCCACCUCUCUUGUUUUCUACCUCUUUCUACCUCAAAGCGCGCACACAAACCGCUGUGGCACUGGUGUGGCCACUUCAUGUACCGCUGUGCGUAAAGUUACCGCGUAAAAUGUUUCUGAAGUGUGGCAGUGCAAAAAAAAAAAAAAAAAAAAAAAAAAAUCACUGCAGCGUUUUUGAAUGAAAGGUUGAAUGACGGAUUUAAAUGAUAGAUAGAUAGAUAGAUAGAUAGAUAGAUAGAUAGAUAGAUAGAUAGAUAGAUAGAUAGAUAGAUUUUUCUUUUCUACCUGUUUUGUCUCUCAGCGUUUUUCCUUCUUUCAUCCCUCUGUACAUUUUGCACACCACUUUGCACCACUUCUCUGUGUUCGACCUCAUUCAUUGACUUGCCCCGCCACUGCUUCUUUUCCUUUUAAUCACUCUUAUUGACAUAGUGAAAAGCUGGGACCUGAGCCCUUGGUCGUUUGUCUUUUGCCAUCCCUCUCUCUCUCCCUGUCUUUUCUUAAUGGUCUGAGUGUGAGCAGCACAUUAUUUCUUUUUGCGGAACAUUGCCCUGCAUUAUCCUGAUUUCAUUAGGAAUACUCACAUUCAGAAUCAAGCUCUAUCAGUCUGCUUUGGUUUUAAAUCAUUAAACCAUACUAAAAUCAAGAUUAUGAGCAAUGAACUGAUGGUGAAUGCGUCGGUCUCUUAUCUGUCUCCGCAUGCGGAAGCCAGUGCACACUUUAUCAGUCAUGGUGCUGAGUUUUUGUCUGCUUUCUUUUUUGUGCAUGUAUCUGAGAAAACACACACACGCACACAAAUUCAUCCCUGUUUACUCAUGAGUGUAUCUCUUAUAUUUGCUUGCAGGUGAGAGGGAAUACUCUUGUGUUUGUACUGAGGUGUAUGUUUGCUGGCUUCAUAUUAAUUUGCCCUGUUUUGUUUGACUUUGCGGUAGAACACACAACCUAUUAGUCCAGCCUCUGCUUAUAAUGAAAUCGUAGCUGGUUUUAACCUGCAAAAUAGAUCUUGUUUUUCAUUUUUUAAUCAUAAUACCUUCAACCUCUCACUGUAAAGCAAAGAGGAUCUCUCUGCAGAAGGACCUUGGUACAGAAUCCUGAGUAAAAGCUUUUCAGAGCGACGUCUUCAAGGCUAAAAGUAAACUCAAACCUGCAGUAAUCAGACAUUUUCUUCACACACAACACUCUCCCCUGCCAGUGAAAAUUUUACCUGGCGUAUCUGUCAACAUAGUCUGCCCUUGAUCUAACGGAGAGGAGGAAAAGCUGAGAAGGUCAGGGUGCUGGAGUGGAAUAUAGUGUGUCCAAAUUUUGUGGGGGAGCCUGGAUUUCCACACCAUGGCCUUAAAAACGUUGCACAACUGUGAUUUUUACUCAACCUCUUGAUAAGAUGAGGACUACAUUCAGUCCAAAAACUUAACUGGGCAAUCAGCUGCAUUCUUUGAUCAAGGAUUAAGAAAUAAACAGUAUUUAGAUGUUAACUACUUUUAUUAUUUGUCAUUUAAUAUUGUGAAGCACAUUCUUGGAUUUGUGAUCUGAAUUUUCUCUUUUAUUAAAGUUUAUCAUGGACGCAUUAUGCAGAAAAAUGCAAAAAAGCUAGCAGAAAAACAAGAAUUUAAGCACUGAACAGAUGUUUUGGGAGAAUGUCGGCAGCCUGAAUGUAAAUAAAUGCGUCGCAAUAAUGCCAAAGACCUACCUCUGUCCAUGGUGCUGAAGGGGGUUUCAAAACAGAUGCAAUCAGAGCUCCACAUAAUGCCGCCUUAUAUCACAGAGUCACUUUUUGGUUUGAGAUGCCUUCAGGGAUCUUUCACGGGUCCGAGGUCCAUGGAGGUUCUGUAGAGGUCAGAAGAUGUUUGAGAAGGAGCUGCUAAGUGGUUUUAAAUAAGUCAUCUACACUUUCAAGAACCAAAGUAAAGUCCAAACGCAAAGAACAAUCACAGCAGUUGAGUGCUACUAUUACUCUUGAACCUUUAAAAGACCAAAAUCUCCUGUUUGAUUUGCAUACUCUAGAAUAUAAACACAUGGUUGCAUAUAUGCUUAUUAAAUAGUCAGAAAACAGAUUUCGAACAGAAUUCUGGGGAAAAGCUCAUGUGAAAAGUCAAAAAUGAUCUCUUAUUCACAGUCCUGAUGCUCUUAAUAUACCUUUAGAAUGAUACAUCCAUUAUUAGAUGAUUUAUAUUCCUGUGUCAUUGGUCAUUGGUUAAGAAUGCUAAUCACUUGAGUCCUAAUUGUUGAAAUCUGAGUUGAGUCCAAGCCACCAGAGAAGACUUUGAUUCGAGUCUUGAGAUGAGAUCCAAAAUCUGAGUCUAAAUUAAACCCUAAUUCAUCUGCUACCUAGUCAGUGUAUGAACCUGGACCAGCAGGAACCUUUAGGAUGUGUGAAAAACACAUUUGACUUGUCAACAAUGAAUUCUGACUGAUCCUGUUGGUGUGCAUAGAGGUUUAAAGUGUCAGUGAAGUUACCGCACUGUAAUGUGUACUGCGCUUCUUUGAGAUGUGCUCAUCGAAUCUGCUAUCGUAGGACUGUGGGUGUCUAAUCUAUUAGCUUUAAAUCAUAAUAUUAACCAAACAAACCCAGUGUUUUAGCCACUUAUCAUUAGCUUGCGAACAAUAACUUCACCAAGUAAACCUGGGCAGAUGUCUGUAAAAGUCUGAGUUGCUUUCGUCUUCUCUUUGAUGGUUCUGUUUCACGUGUUGGCGAAGAAGGUCAAGAAACCUGAGCAAUGCUGUUCAUUUCCAAAGUGAUUAAUCCCAGUGUACAAAAACCAGUCUGUGCUUUUUAGACUUUCAGCUACUUUAGUUGGAAAGUCAUCCAUCAGUGCUACUUCUCAGGUGAUAGAGUUCGUCUUUGCUCUCCAAUCGUUUAUCUUACUCUCAUCCCUUCCUGUGAACUCAGUCUUUCCUUCUUUGGUCAGUUUUCUGUCUCUGAGCCGUGCGUCCCUCUAUCUUCCUCUGCUUAAUUAUCUUCAAAAAUCUAUGUCCAUUUGCAGAGCCAGCGCUGGCCUGGAUUAUUGUGAGUUUGGUGGAUUUUUUCGUGGAUUCUGCUAUAUUCACGGAGACAGCUUAUUGACUCUGGAAGACAAAGUUGUCUGCUGAAAGGGUAGUUGGUAUCAUCCAUCCUGACAUUAUUUUGAACAUGUGCCUAAUGUGAGGGAGGCUCUUUUUUUCUGGUUUAGUUGAACUGAUCUUGGUGUUUGUCGAAAGAACAAAUGGAGAUCCCGAUUUUGACUUUUCUUACUCAUCAAACUCAAAGCCUUGUCUUGUGUUUUCUCAUCUUCUCACCACCUCCGAUCAAACUUAAAAGAGGCCAUAUUGAUCUUUCUACUACGGUGCUCUUCACUUUGCUUCCCACAUGUUGUUUGUUCUAAAACUGCAGGUUUGUCCGCAUUAAAACUCAUGUUUUAAGCGUCCUAUGUUGCCCCAUGGAUGCACAGGUUUGCAAAUCGGAAAGUAUGUGAAAGAAAAGAGUUAAUUUACCUCCUACUUCUCCCUCAUGGCUUGUUUCUCAAACACAGGUAUUGAAGAGAGUCAGACUGUUAAAAAAGUUGGCAUGUGACACAGUCUGGCAUCUUGCAGGAUCGCCAACAUCAAGAUUGUUGUCUGGCGAAAAGGACUUCCAGCCAUUACACUGAUGACUGGGAAUUGCAGCUGAAAUGUGCAGCAGCACGGCGCUGUAGCUGCUCGGUGCAGCUUUGUCACACCUCUAAAAUGAACGAAAAACAGUUUCUGAAUUGUGCAAAUUCAAUCUGCCUUUACCUGAGAGAGCAUCGAAAAUGUCUUUUGCCCUAAAAAUACUCAUUUCUUUUCCACCUGUGUUUUUGGCACUCUUUGGUAGUUUAAAGGAAAGAGAGUUAGGCAGCAAAAGCAUUUGGUUCGAAUUUACCUCCUGCUUGCUUUCAGUCAUUCUCAGCGGUUUAGAAAACUUGAAUGUCUGUUUUUAUGUGUACUUGUCAUCUUCGGGUAAAAAGCAAAUGCUUCAGCAAAAACAGGAAAGGACAUUUUUAAGGAUGAAGUGAGCGUCCACUGCAUUUAAGAGGUUUUUCUUCAUUGCAGCCGCAUCCUCGAUUUGAUGGAUAACGCUCAACAAGUCCAAAAAUUAAAUGAUGAUCAAACAAGGAUAGAAGACCUGACAAGGAGGGGGGGAGGGCAGGGGGGUUGUGACAGUAAUAAAAGGGCAGAUUUGACUAGGGUUGUGUCAUGGUGGGGGGAUGGAGGAGAACCGGUGUGACAGCUGAGGUGACUUUGAAAGUGUUGCAGUCAAUAGUUUCUGUGCCAGCACGUUGACAUAAAGAUAGGUUGGAAAGUGUGGAGGGGGCAGCCAGCGCAGCAGCAGCACUCAGGUUGGCCGAGGUCAGGCGGCCGGCUCGGUUUUAGCUGAUUAGCUCACUGGAGAACGUUGAGGGCGAUGCCGCUUGUCCUUGCCAACGUCUCCGUUGAAUAAAACAGGAAAAAAAGGAGAUGUUUGAAAGAAAAUGAAUGACAGGAUCGCCGGCUCGCUUCAUUCGUCCUUCCAUUAAGUAUAUGCAUCAUCUACGCAACAACGCCAAGAUUUCCACUUCCUUCCUGUCCUUCUUCUUCCCCGUCUUCUUCUUCUUAUCUACUCCAGUCUUUACAGUCCUCCCUCCAUCCCUUUUCUCCUCGUCAUCACCACUGACAGCUUGUGCUGCUUUAUUACCACGAUUUCAGAGCUGAGUGCUGGAUUGCUUAUUAUCGCUAUUCAGCCCCCCUCCAACCCCCUCCCCCCGUCCUUUCCCUCCCUCCCACCCUCCUCUACCUCAACCCCUCCUCUGGUUCUCUCCAGCUCUCUGCUUGUGCUAUAGCGUAACACUGCAGUCCCUGUAGUAGCUGACUGCGCUCUAGUCUGCUGCAGAGAAGGAGGGAGGGAGGGAGGGAGACACGGAGGGAUUGGGUAAGGGGGGGGGGGUGUUUUUGGUGAGGGGGUGGCGAGUAAAGUCAGAGUCAGACGCAAGGUGGAAUGGGAAGAACAGGAUGGGGGUCACUUUCUGCACCCCCUCAUUUUUUAUUCUCAGUGCCCCUCUUUUUUUUUUUUUUCUUUUCUGCUGAGCUCGGCAGACUCGGAUGCUCGUAUCCGUUUAUUGAUCAGGCAGUGCGUCUCAGCUCGCCUCAUUCAGGUGGACGUCUCAGCUGAAUGGUGCUCCUUUGUAAGCAAAACCUUCCAACACACAUCCCCCCUCUCUCUCUCUCCCUCCCUGCUUCUCUCUCUCUCUCUCAUUUUUUCACACAAUGGGGUGUGAUGACAUUUCCUAGUCCCUUAAGGAAAGAAAUAAAUACUAACACAGUGGCAAACACACACACACACCGACACAAACUCACACUUACUGUACCGCCACGAAAAGUAAUUGCGGCACUGAUGUCAUUUUGACCUCGUUUCUCAGUUGCUUGGUUGUAAGUUUGAGUUAUCUCUCUUCAUGAUUUUUACGCUUUUGUCUUUCUAACAUGCACCUACACUAAUCGCUGAUGUACGGCUUUCUGUGAAAUAUUGCAAUCGAAGGAAAUCCUUCCUUGCAGCACCUGUGUGAGGGUUAUCAAUGAACAGUGUGUCAUAGUUUCAAUUCAUUGCUUUGUAACUUUGCAGGGAUUAUUACUGAGUUUGUGUAUUUAUGAAGCUGCUGCUGCAACAAUCUUCAGUACGAUCAAUGAAACUGGCUGCACCAGAUGAAAAAUUAUGGCGCAAAUGCUCUUCAAGAUUAGACUCACAAUCUUUUCUUUUGGUGUUACAGAUUAGCCUGCAUGGUUUCUGCAGUCUGCUGAUCUGGACUCAGUCGGUUUCAAAGCUCUUUGCUGGGCUGACAAACUUGACACAACCGUACUCAUUUGGCUUCGCCUCUGUCACUCAGCCCACACUGUACUUGCACUGCAGGAGAAGACCUGAGAGUGAUUAACAGGAUACACGGUUAGCAUGCUCUAUAAAUCAAGUCAUUUGAUGAACUUGCAUGAAGAAAAAUCGGCUUUAAGAAAAAUAUCUCCUGCAAGCCGGUCUGCAGGGUUGCAAUGCCAAAGCUUUACUACAGCACAUAUGUUUGUGUUUGACUGUCACCUUAUUAGCUCUUCUCUCGGAAGAUUAAUUUGCUUUAAAGACCCACUCCGAUGAAAGUCAUGUUUUUCUUGUUUUUUACAUGUUCAUACGGCAUUUUUCUGAUGCUACAGGACAAAUCAUGAGAACACUAAAUCCAAAACUGCAUUUCUGAGUAUUUCUUCAUCCAAAUCGCUGAAGACCCAAACAGCAGGUUCAGAAACAGUGAGAAGUCAGACGUAACCAAUCCAAGCUCCGCCCCCAGAGCCCCGCCACACUCUGUGUAUAGAGAGGAAAUACAGAGGACGAUCGCGGAACAAGCGUGUGUGUUAGUGGAUUGAAAUGCUCGUAAGAAAGCUAAUUAUGAUAUUCGCUUUCAUCGUGUCCGUAAAGAUAUUAGUAUCCGAGAGCUGAAUAGCUUCUAUGUUACCUGCCACUUCUACUACACUGGCAAUGUCAGGCUGCAAGUUAACGUGAAGACGAGUGUGCAGAGCAGCGCUGUCUCCGCCCACGACUCAGCGGCGAAUUGCUAAUGAUCUACUGGAGCUCUGCAGAAGAAAAAGCCCUUAAAAAUGAAACAGGUAACGCGAUUUUUGGUAAAAACUUAAUCAGAAUUUAAAGCCCACUGAGAACACUAAGUAGGAAAAAACAAAAUGAUCGGAGGGGGACUUUAAAAUAUUUAUAAAAAGCUGUGAUAGUUAUUCAAAGUAUUGUUUGAAAAGUUAAGAUACUCACCUAAAAGCAACGGAAAAUAAGAGCUGCACUCUGAGGUUUCUGUGGUUUCGAGUGGUGGUACAAAUGCACAUUUUACCAAAACUGACCUCAUUUUAGAAAUAAUACAAACCCAUUUUUUCACCUGAUUUAUGAUGACCUAUGUAAGAGGGUGGUGAGAGUACAUUUAUAAGUACAUGAUACAUUGACUUGAUUUAUGGAGCCCUCUCUAGGUCCUCUGACCCUUCACACGCUUCCAUAAUACACGUCACAUUCACCAAUUUCCACCACAUUCAUACACAUAGCAGAGGCAGCACCCAUAAGUAUUAACUAGUCCUGUUCAAACACUUAUUGCACAGCCAGCAGGGAAAUUUUAGGGGUUAAGGGCACUCAAAACCUGGAAAUGAACCGCCAACCCUUCGAUUAAAGGAGGAAAAACUCUUCAACGAAGCAACGGCCCCUUUAAGACAAGCAUGUUAAUGAAAAACUCAUCUCAAAUAACAAAGCUGUGAUGAACGAAACAACCUUAAAACAAAACAGAAUGGGAAUGUCAUUUAUUAUUUUUACAUUUUCACCUUAACUCUAUGUAAAAAAAACAAGAGUAAGGGUUUAUUUUGACCUGUUCCUUUAAGAGCUUAGGUGAGACAGCUGGUCAGUGGGUGGAAACUGGCCCCAUCUAUUGACCAAUUCACCCAAAAACAAUGACUUGGCCAGUGCUAUUUAUGGAGCAGGUGCACUGCUUCUGACCUUGGAUACAGAAUUUGUUGCAAGAUCAUAACGUCACCGCAAGAUCUUUUGUGCAUUUUCAGCAAAAAAACGACAACGACACGUUGAUUUCAAUCACACAUGCGAUAGCUGUUUUCAAAAUCGUCCAGUUUCCUCUCUUACUCGACAUUUUCAACAUGUUUUCCCCCUGUUUGAAACCCCGAGCACCGCUCUGACUCCCCCCCUCCCACUCUAGUGGUUUUGUUGCGCUAUAGGCAAUAUAUCCACCAGGGUCCCCCUUCCCCCUCUGUGCUUUUCAGGAUAAUGCUGCGACAGAGCUUUCUUCUCUAUGUGGCGCUCAUUGCAGGAGAGAGAGUCCAAAGCAGGGAGGGAGGGAGAGAGGUGUGAGUGUAAGAGGAGAGGGUUGAGAGACACCAUUCUUUAUUUGAUGACAUGUCAAGAAAUAAAACGUUUAACCUCUGAGUGAUCUCCACUGUCCCCUUUGCUUGAGGGGGUCAAUGAACUCAAAUAUACACACACACAUUUACGCACAGACUCACACUGGCUUUUAAUGCAGAGGUACACACACUUGUGCAAAAAAAAGCUAAUUGAGCAUAGAAAGCAGCAUGUGCAGUAAGCCUCUGGCCUUGCACAGCCUAAUACACUCACACAUGCAGCAGAUUACUGCAGAAUGAUCUGCUGUGACGUGUGUGUGUGUGUGUGUGUGUGUGUGUGUGUGUGUGUGUGUGUGUAAGUGCAGCUGAUUUCGCUCUACCUCUCUGGCUGGUUCCAACACCCUCACCUUCUCAGUGGUUUGUUAACACUGAACAGAACAGAGAGAGCCUAAAGACAGUCACAAGAUGCUGCAUUCAAGACAUUCAAAUACUUGCUGUAUUUUUAAAGGGAUAUUCCGGCGUAAAAUAAAUUCAGGGUCAAACAGACAGUAACACCGAGUUAGACCCCCCCCUCGAGAGAUGAAUGUCACAAACAGCUUGCUUCUAGUUAUACCAACUUAAGUAGCAACCCCAACACAGCGAUCUGAGGAGCCAUAAACAAACCUCAACCAAAACGCCACUCUAUAGCCACAAAUAAUGCUCAGAACAGCACCUAACUUCAUCAACAGUACAUAUAGGGUCCCAGCCAUAGUACUAGCCACCAAACAUCUUUUUAACUUUGCCUAAUUUCUUUAGCAAAGAGACUAAACACAACUCACCUACUCUCUUCCAGCAGCUGCUUGUUUGUAGUGAGACCUAAGGCCAGUCCAUUACGGACUACAUCAUUUCUUCAUGAAAAUGCAAUCAGACCGAGACACUAAGGCAGAGGAACUACUGUGUCUGCAGUGUAAAAUGAUUAAUAUGAUGAUUAUUACUUAAAGGAAAUGAUAAAGUAAUGAUCAUAAAUGUUCUUCCUUGAGCUGCGUCACCCCACUGUAGUCUGUAAUGGACUGGUCCGAGGUCUCGUUACAAACAAGCGGCUGCUGGAAGAGAGUAGGUGAGUUGUGUUUAGUUUCUUUGCUAAAGAAAUUAGGCAAAGUUAAAAAGAUGUUUGGUGGCUAGUGCUGUGGGUGGCACCCUAUAUGUACUGUUGAUGAAGUUAGGUGCUGUUCUGAGCAUUAUUUGUGGCUAUAGAGUGGCGUUUUGGUUGAAGUUUGUUUAUGGCUCCUCAGACCGCUGUGUAUUGCUAUCCUGCGGUCGUUACUAAAGUUGGUGUAACUAGAGAAGCAAGCGGUCAGCAACAUUUAUCUCUCGAGGGGGUGUCUAUCUCAGUGUUACAGUGUGUUUGACCCUAACUUCAUUUUAUGCUGGAAUAUCCCUUCAAACGCUUCUUGAAUGCAGUUUUUUGUGCGCCUUAUGGGACAAGUCCUUGUUACUUUUUAAACGUUGCGAUCCAAAUAAAACAAAACAGCUCUACUUUGUCAGUGACUCUCAUGCCCAAGGCCACUACUCAGGACUGUUUUUAAAAAUAGAGCUCUAUGACACUGAGGAAUAAGAUAUAUCAAGCUCUGGAUACAAAGAGUGCAUCUGUUUUUAGUUUCCUCCUUCAAAUCUUUGAGGAACCCUGGUUCAUCGCUUCUGUCAGAGGAAAUCAUCAAAUCUUAAAAAUCACCUUCAGCACUGGUGCAAGUGGUAUCACAUGUAUAAGUUUAUAUUGACAAAUACGCACCCAGGUAAGUCUAAAAACAAAACCUGGUUCUAUCUUGGCUCCUAGCAUCACCUUGCAUAGCAAAUGCAGAUCUGUAAAAGGUGAAAUUCGCACUCUUAGGUGUUUCUGCAAGACGAGAAAACAUCUUAAAGGGCUGUUUCAAAAAAAGUGUUUUUGAAACUGUCGCCCCCAAGAGCAUAUGCUCUGCUAAAGGUUCUUGUUAGCAGAAAACAACAACUUCCAGCCACAUCAUUAGCGCACAGACCCUUGGACACACACACAAUCAUGCACUCUGUAAUUUGCCAUGCCUGAGCAGGUGUGUAAUGCUCAACAGCAGAAUGGACCUGCCACCAGCAACAGCAGUAGCCCCAAACAUUAGCUGUGUUAUGCGCUGCCCUGAGGUGCCAAAAUUAAACCUUCUGUUCAAGCUCACUUUCUGUAAACCUGAGAGACUAAAUACAGGGGAGCGAUUGCCCUUUUCAUUUGUGUGUGGGAAUGCAGGGAAACAAAGAGAAACUACUAUACUCUCAGCUUGUAUUAUUCACAGACCCACCACCAAAACAAGAUUGAAUCUCUGCUUAAUCUACUCCGCUAUGAGUACUUCCAAACAUUUAGUGACAGUGCUAGUCGUGCUAAAACUGCUAUUUGUAGGUAAAGUGAAUUAAUGAAUGUAGACUGGUUUUACUGUGAAUUUUUGCAUAUCUAAUAUUUGGAUUUGCAACGUAAUAAGUAGGAAUGAAAAUGUAAAUUAAAGCUGCUGGAGUCAAGUAAAUUUAGAUCUAGCUUUAAAACUUUAAUAAUAACGGUGAGACUGAUAUUAGUACUCACAGCAAGAUUGUCCACGUCUACAGCAAUGAUCUGUAGGAACGAACAAGACCAGGAAGCUCAGAACUCUCAGAAAGAUCUAAAGUUAGUAACUUUAUUGGAAGAUAGAGAUUUCAAGUUAGUGACAUGCAGGUAAAGGGAAGACAGGAGCUCAAUGUGCCAGUUCCCUUUGCAUAACCAAGAGUUGGUUCGAGUCUGAGCCAGCUCAAACGAUGAACGCAAUCAAAAAAGAGCAUUUCUAACCCCCAAUUUCCACUGCUUCCUACUGAAUCUGUAUGUGAGGCGAAUUUCGUGGAGAAUUAUGGACAGCAGGAAUCAUGAGAACUCACAAGAACCCGCGGAUUUACGUGCAAUCACGUGAUAACGAGUAGUCUCUAUGAUGACGGCCACAUAACAAAUAAAGCAGUAGAUUGUGUCCUUCCAGAGGAGGAAAUCCACCUCUAGACUUCUAAAAUCAGCAUCUACUCAGCCAUGGUGUCAACGGGGUGAAAUGAUGUCUGAAAACCUUUGACUCGUUCGUUCCUGCCCGUCUGCAUGAUGUGAAAUGCGAUCCGCCGAAACAGGGAGUGUUUUUUUUUUAAAAGAAGCUGGAUGUUUUAUUUUGUGUCUGUGCCCAACUUCCUUUCAAGCACGGGUUAAUCUGUGCUGAAUUUAUCUGGCAUGCUCCUUGUCCGGGAAAGAUAGAACUCUUGCGAACUGUAGGGGGACGGAAAGAAGCCGGUGGAAAUCGACACAUUAACCUGAAUGGUUUCGAGCGGUUGCGAUCUGCUGAUACGGCCUUUUCGUAGCUCUUCCAGAUGCGGUGGAUACUGGGGGUAAACCUGGUCUUACAGCAAGUGCAACAGGAUGACAGAUUCCAACUAAACAAAAUCCAGACUCCAGACCCUCCAGAGAAUGUCACAGAUGUGAUGGGGAUGACAAGAUGUUUGUCAAAGUCAACCUUGCUAGCUGCUUACAUGCUGCUACAUAAAAAAAUGCACCCACUAGUCAUUGUGAGCAUGAGAUGGUGUAACUAGAUAGAGCCUCACAGAGCUGCUUUAGUGGUAAAAGAGGCUCUUAAAGGUUUUAUUAGACACACAAACAGUUAACCUACAGUCGAGAUGUAUAAUCUGUUGAAAAAAUGAAGAAAAGAUUGUUCCCUCAGAAUGCGACAGCCUCUUGAAAAUGUUGUAACACACUGCGAUUUCUCAAAACUACCCACGGUUGGGUAUGGGUAAUUCUGGAUAGUGGUGUUUAAUAGGUGUCACAGGGUCCUGGAUGAAUGCCUAAUUGUGAGAGUGCUCACAGUGCAUGAAUCCUGUCAGUGUGCUGAGCCACAGAGCUGUCCACUGUCGAGAGUGCUGAUACAGGGUGUACGUUUCAGCUAACAGAGCUGUUCUAUGAAAAAAAAGAAAAAAAGGCUUUACAUGUGCUUGUUUGUUCCCCUGUGGUGCUAUCCAGCAUUGAAGUGGCUAAUGUGGGUCGCCGGUGCAAAAUAGUGACACUAAAAUAGAAGCAAUUCUGGGGGUGAAAUCGUGCUGAAUCAACUUCAGAGCACCAUUGUAAUUUGAGAGCUUGUAUCGCCGGCGAUCGUUGGCACUUCUGAAAUGGUGAUGCAGCUGUUGAAACAGAUGUGGUCCAGUGCUGAAGUGCUAAAGUAGUGUGCAGAUGGCACUUCCACUUUGAGGUUUGCAGAUCCCCUUGGAAAUUAAAUGCAGCUUGCUGAAAGUUGCAGGGACUGAAGGUUUCAGCACUGUCAUCAUCCUACCUAACAAACUCAAGUCACAUCACGGGGAUAAGGUGGAGCUUGAUUUGCCCAAGGCUUUAACUGUGUGUAUGGCCAUCGGCUGGACAAACUGCAUUUUACCGGUCUCUCCCUCUGCUGUCCAUUUGGAAGAAUGCAGAGAAAAGGCAAGGUGUGAAAAUUCACACCAUGCAGAGGACCCAGUUUUCAUUUAAUAAUUAAGAUUUCAGAGUUUAUGCAACGAGUCUUUGAACAAUCAUAUGCACUGACUUAGAGAAAUUAAUAUCUUGAUUUUUGAAGUUAUACUUACAACUGACUUUAGGCAUCAUAAAACAUUGUACCUGAAUGUUAUAAAUAUUUUUUUUUUCAGUUGUCACUUCCAUCACAUCAAGGAUUAUUUAAUCCCAUACGAGCCCUUAGUGUACCCUGUGUUGCGACCCACUGAGAGAUUUUAAGAUCUAAAUUGAAAACCGGGGGCGACGGGGCUCUGAUGCUUUAACUUGACCUGCAGGAUGAGAUCAGGCUCCCCUUGUUGUAAUUAGAAUCUGCACACAGAUUUGCUCUGGAUUUUCAGCUUGGGAAGAGUGCUGGUGUCUAAUAGUGAUGCAUUUUUAGUCAAAGUGGAACCGACCAAUCACAGGCUUUGCUGUAUGAAGAAAACAGUCAAUGACAUCCUGGCUCCUAAAGUCAGGAAUAUGAAGACAAUUCAUUCAUCGCGGUAAACAGAAAAAUGCAUGACAGUAGAGCUGAGAAUCUCUAUACCUGGAAUAAUAGACUCUAUAUAGACACUCAGAGGCUACAAAGCCAAAACAUUCAGAGCGCCCCCUACUGACUGGCUGCAGCAGAUAGAACAUGUGGUACACGGGCUAAAAAUAAGGAACAGUUCAUCAAAUGAAUCUGAUCUUACAAGCCCCAUCUUGUCUUUUAGCUUUUAGCAUUUAGCAAGUUACAGUGGAGAGGGAAAACUUCCUUUAAAAGGAUAUUCCGGCAUAAAUUUAAUUUAGGGUCAAACACACCAUAACACCGAGUUAGACACCCCCUGAGAGAUGAAUGUUGCCGUCCACUUGCUUCUCUAGUUAUACCAACUUUAGUAACGACCGCAGGAUAGCAAUACACAGCAGUCUGAGGGAAGAACAUUUAUGAUCAUUACUCCAUGGAAAUGCAAUAAGACCUAGACGCUAAGGCGGAAGAACUACUGCGUCUGCAGUCCAAAUGAUAAUAUGGUGAUUUUUACUUAAAGGAAAUAAUAAAAUAAUGAUCAUAAAUGUUCUUCCUUGAGCUGCGUCACCCCGCUGUAGUCCACAAUAGACUGGCCCAAGGUCAUGCUACAAACAAGCAGCUGCUGGAAGAGAGUGGGUGAGUUGUGUUUAGUCUCUUUGCUAAAGAAAUUAGGCAAAGUUAAAAAGAUGUUUGGUGGCUAGUACUAUGGCUGGGACCCUAUAUGUACUGUUGAUGAAGUUAGGUGCUGUUCUGAGCAUUAUUUGUGGCUAUAGAGUGGCCUUUUGGUUGAGGUUUGUUGAUGGCUCCUCAGACUGCUGUGUAUUGCUAUCCUGCGGUCGUUACUAAAGUUUGUAAAACUAGAGAAGCAAGCGGUCGGCAACAUUCAUCUCUCGAGGGGGUGUCUAACUCUGUGUUACGGUGUGUUUUACUCUUAAUUAAUUUUACGCCGGAAUAUCCCGUUAACAGGCAGAAACCUUGAGCAGAACCAGACUCAUGUAAGACAGUCAUCCGCAACUGCUGCAUAGGGUUUAGAGAUGGAAAGAGGUGAGACUGAUGUAGGUAGAUGAAGUAGCUGGAAAGCAGACAGGUCACUAUGUCUGCAGCAGUGAUCCAGAGGAACCUACUGCAUGAUGGAGCUCAGGGACAUAAUGAUUCAUGUUAUUUCUCCAAGGCCUCAAUAUUAUCUUCUUUUAAUUACAAGAGUAUUAUACUGCAUGCUUUGUGGUACUUUAUUGACUUGUAAAAGCCUCCCGUCAGAUUCUUAACCAUACAGCUCGAUUAAUUAAACUGAAUUGGUGAUAAAAUAGUGCGGUAAAGCUCUAGUUUACAGCCAGAGUGGAUUUGACCUCAGUAGUGGGUUAGAGCAGCAAAAACAACUAAAAGAGUUUUCACAAGCUUAUGUUUCAACUCUCUCAGACAAUCACAGCCGUCCCCCUCCAAUCACACAUUCACACACAUACAGACAGACUGUGGUCAGCACGACUUUAUUUAUUCAUGACAAACAUGACAUUUGAAGAGCUCACUCAGGGGAGUUAUUGAACCGAGGAAACCUUUCAUAGUCAUUUGACCAACCAACAUAUCAUUUUAACACCUAACCCGAGCCCUUCAGCUGUACAUACCACAGGACCAAAUUACAGAGAGGACACGUGCAACUCCAUUUUACAGGGAAGCUUUAAGGUUAAAUAAAGCACGACUAAGAGUAAAUGACGCAGAGCCGGCUGGUAUUGACAUCUGGAGAGACAAAAAAACAAAAAAAAUACUUCCUCUUAAUUUUUAAAAAUAAAAGUAGAGUAGUUCGCUCGGUGGUCCUUCUUCAUGCCAAGAGAGGCUGUGUAAACUUCAAUUAAUUCACGCAAUCUUGGGAUUUUCCAAACAAUUCCUCCUGAGGGGGGAUGUAGGAAAGCAGCAGGGCCACAAACUGAGAUCUGACAUAAAAAUAAAGCUUUUACCCUUGCUGCAUUGAUGUGCAACCCUUGAAUGCACCGAACAGCGGUAUACAACAGAAAUGCUGCUUUUUGAAUCUUUAUCCUCAGGUAGCCAAAAACCCAUUAGCGGAUCCCUUUCUCCCUUCCAUCCCUCCCCCCUCUACCCCUUUCUUGCUCUCUAAAUUUAGCCCUCUUUCACUCUGUCAUUUUAACUCAUACACCUCAUCCCCCCUGGUGGGGAUAGAAGUGUUACAGGGCCUCUGAUGCACACUCAAGGAGAUGAGCCCCCUGAUGCAGUCUUUUUUUAAGGGGGGUGGGGGUAUAUGACAGCAGGCAAUGACAGUUUUUAAGCCUCGCAGUGUGUAUCAUCUUUCACGCUGCACUCCUGAUUGUUUUUUUGGAGUAGCAUCUGCACUCUGUGUUUCAGGUAAAAUAUUCUCAGUGUGAUAAAGUGAGUAAAAUGUAAGAAUAAUAUAUAUGCAAUAAAACAGGAAGGAGGAAUUUCAAGAAGAGUAGGAAAUGAAGGACGGGGGUGAAAGGGGAUUAUUUCACGAGUAUUUGAGACGGAGAGAAAAGAUCUGGUCUCACGUCUUUUGGGAUUUCUGUAUCGCUUCACUCCUAUUGUCACAAUGUUCAUGUCACUGAUUUAUUCUCCUUCUUUCUCUCCUCAUCAUCUGAAAUGUUCCAUUUUGCCACCGCAUAAAUUAAUACGCUCUACUGUUUCCAUCUCAGCAAUAUGCAGAGAAAUCUCUGCGUGUGUCAGUGUGGGCAAGUCUGUUUGCUAUUUGAUGAUGGCGAUGAAAUAGGUUGCUGACCACUUCUUUGCAACGCUGCCAUAAUCAGAUUGUGAUAAACUGCUCUGUGGAUUCCCAGAGUGCUGGUUUAUGUGUGCGCUCUAAAUUGAAAUAGUUUAUGUUGAAUUUAAUAGAACAACUUCAAGUGUAGCAGUGCAAGAAGCUGCUAAAGACUGUAAAGCUAAAUGCGAACAUCAGCUUGUUGUGCAGCAUCUUUACUUCAUUUUUGCACAAGUUCUCUGAGGCGUAAACAGUCGGUACAUGAAGUGUAGAAUAAACAAUCAACAACAACAACACUGUGCAGUUGCAGCUAUACUUGCAUGGCUGUUGUCCUGGUGAGGUCAAAAUGAAAGAUUGACUCUGACUGUUGAAAUGCUGACUUUCAGCUUUGGGGUGCUUGAGGUUGUUCAUAUCUAUAUUGGAUGAAAGUGCAGAGCUGGUUGCUGGUUUUUUUUUGGGACGCUGCAGCAGGACAAUCAUUCUAAAUAUACUGACAAGGAUGUUUUCUGUCUGAAGAGAGCAAACCCAGUCACCUUACCUCGUUCCUUUUCAGGAUGCUUUUCACUGUUAAAGACCAGAUUAAUGUAACCCAUCAUCAUCAUCUGUCUGACUUCUGACUAAAAGAACAGUACUCUGAUUUUCCUCUUUUUUGUAAGUUUCUGUGUAAAAGGGUAGAGAUUGAAGUUGGAAAAAAAAAAAAAGUUUGUGGGUAAAAACUAAAGUGGUACUGAGUGCUGUCAGAAACACAAAACGUCCUCUCAAGCACUCUCCAGAACUCUGAACCUUAAAACAGUAUUUGUUCACACAUGCUCCCCUCAGCACUAAGUUUUCCUGUCAGACAAGUGCGUGUUUGGCGGGAAGGGGGUGGACGGGUCCUGGCAAGAGAGGCAUGACAUCAAAAGUCUGCUUCGUCUACCACAGUGUGAUGUUUUUAAAACAAAGACCCUCAGCAAGCGGACGGUUUGUGCAGUUAUAUCAGAGCUACAUGCAGACAGGCGUAUCUACACACUGUUCCCCUUCUUCAUCCUUGUAUAUUUUUGUAUCGUCCCCUGACAUGUCGCCCUUUACUUUGAGGCAAGCUCAGCAUAUCUCAUAUAUCUUUUACUUUUCUGGCCUCACUGACCCUGACGAAGGAGACUGCGCUAAAUGUCCCCUAUCUGCCCAAAGAUCUGUUCAUAUGUUCAAACGGCCAAUCACAAACAUUAACAAGUCUGCCGUUCAGCUUAUCAAACUGUGAAUUUAAAUAAAUGAUAAGAAAUUAAACUGAAGAUCCAGACCUACAUCAAUUUGAAUAAAACGCCUGAUGAUACAGUCCACCAAUCAAUUCCUGGUAACUCCCUUGUCUCCUGUGUGGUAUCGCUUGGAUGGUCACUGGACGCUUAAUCCAAUAUUUCAUUGCUCAUCUCACACUCUUAAACCUGUAUGAGUCUAUUCUGCUUUGAUAUCAAACAUUUCUCCUUGAAUAUUUUUCACAUACCUCGACUUUUAGAUCAAUCAAAACUCCACUUUUGUUCUUCAAAAUAAAAGCACAUAUGCAUACUAGCGCAGAAACUGAAGCGACAAAAUGAUUUGAUUAAUAAUAUUAAUGUACAGCUUGAGAUGUCUCCAAUGGAAGUGCCAUCUUUAAAACAAUAUAUUUGUACUGGGUUAUAAAGUCUGUCUGGCAAUAGUGCUUUUGCUUAAUUAUCAUAAAAACCUAGAAUCUUCACCCACCAAGUCAUACAGAUGCAAGAACUCCUGUAGGUUUAAUCAGAAGUUAGCUAAUGCAUGACCAGAAGUACCGUCAUCUCUCCCAGAUAUAUAUCUCCUAGGGCUGGGCAAUAAACCGAAAAUUUACCGAUACUGAAAUUUACGACUUAACCAACGUCAUUUUGCCAAUAUCGGUAUAUUCGGUGUCAAAAAGAUAAAUAAAAGUCAGUUUUGGAUGUGUGUAGGUAGGCUAUGGUCUCAUGUCCCUUUGAAACACUGUCCUACGUCGGAGAUCCAGUCCAUAACAAAGAGGAAAAGACAGGUGAGGAGAUGGAGGACGGUUCAAAAGUUUUCGCGGCUGAAGUAGACGAAGUUAAUGUGGGAGGGGGUGAGCAGCUUGUGGAGUAGUUAUUGUCCAUUUACGAGGUGAACCACUGCCAGCUGAUGACAAUAAAUGUUAUAAGCCUCACAUCUUGGGCUUUUAUAUGAUCACAGGUUUCCCUGCUAUUGUUGUUUAGGGGAUCUUUGCUGCUGCUCUCCCAGCCUUGGCUUACACGUAUCCACGAGGACAGUGUUGUAAUUCUGUUUCAGAUAAAAAGGCAAUCAAUCAAGAGGGAGAAAAUGGAAAUAGAAAUGAAUUGAUUAAGUUCAAGUGGUUAAAAAAGUUUAGUGCUUCAGUGGAUGUAUUAAGUGUCUUACUGGUUUCCUCCCUUCACUUCUCUGACAUCUACUUAAUGGUGGGUAUGGUUUAUUUUGGACAUAACAAAACAGCACAUUCCUCUCCUUAUCCGUCUGCAUAAUAUCAUAUUCCAUUUUCCUGCUCUCAUUUUUGCCAUCCCUAAGGUCUUGGGCUUUUCUUAAAUCACUCGUGGGACACACACACACACACUCUCUCUCUCUCACACACACACCCUAUUUUUGAUUCUGCUACAGUAUGUUGUUUUUGUGUUCUGAUUUCAUCAUGGGGUUUUUGCAAAGAAAAAAGACUAAGAAGGGUAGAGAUGAUGAAGAGGGUAAGUGGAAAGACCAGGUCAAAGACUGGAUGCCUGCUACUUAAUGUACCUUGGGGCCUUUUUUUACAUCAGUGUACGAAACAGUGGCGCUGUUAGAAAGGCCAAGUGUACCAGAAAACACGAGAACAAAAAGCCGAUGCACUCCACUUCCUCUUUCCUCACCGAUGCAAAUCACUCUUGUUGUCCAGAAACCCUCAAACUUUGCACUUUUGACACAGUGGCAGACAACUGACAUCUCGUCCCAGUUAAAAAGAAGAUAUCCGAACUGCAGGGUGAAACUAAAACAACCUUUCCCUCCAUUGUUGCUUUACUGUGAUUUGCCUCUUUGUGUAUUUCUCAUUUCUUUCACUGUGUUCUCUCAACAUUUUAUGGGUUUGUGCAUCUCAAAAGACACACAACAGACAUCGCUAGUGUGAAUUUUACGAUAGAGGCUUCCUCAUUAAACAAUUACUUACUUGAUUGACAGGAUCACUGUAAAACAGCGUAACAGGCGAGGCUGAAUGGUGCAGUGUGAGUGUGUGUGUGUUACAGAGGUUGUACUUGAGCGAAGCCUCUACUGUGUGUUUAGAAAUAAUGCGUCUCGUGCUUCCACAGCUCUGCACCACAACCACACACGGGGACACUAAAGUGAUGUUGUGAAUCAUUAUUACAGUAAAACACACAUUAAUGACAGAGCUUCAAACUGACGAUAUGAAAGGGGCGUUUUCAGGGGUAGCAGCGUCUCGUCUCUGCUCUGAAAUACUUCACGGUAAAUUUUUAAAAUCUCUGAAUUGAUUUUUACAAAAGCCUUCUGGCUAAUUUUGGGCAUGUUUAUUGCAGUGAUUUAUAGUACGGGUAGUCCCAGAGAAAUGAAAUGAAUAAUGAAAUCUGUUUUAAAUUCAGAAUAUGAUAACUAUAAAAUUGAAAUAACUGUGCUGUAACGUGUCCUUGAGCAUAACUUUAAGCUUGGAAACAUUCAGUUUUAAUUCAACGGCUGCCCUUAAACUAAAAGUUAAUUUGUGGGCGUGAAGAAAGGCGAUAGUCUGUCUUCAUAUUUGCUGUUUAGACGGAAAAGAAGCAGAAGUCUGAUCGUAGAUCAUGCGUAUUUCUUUAUAAAACAUGACAAUGAGAAUAUUUUACUCACUCACACACUUACAUUAUUAUUGAAUACUUGUGCUCAGAUCUACAAAGAGCUUAUUUAUGUCCCUGCCUUGACUGUAAUUUGAUUCUCUGUUUUGCACCAGUUAAGUUCGCCCACACCUGCUGUAUACCGACACACGUACAGAGAUUGAGGAUCAAUAUUCGCCCUUAGCAGAGUGCUUUCCUCAGUUGAUGACCUCAUCUAACCGGCCAGUUAAAAUAUCAAUAAAAAGCAGGGAGGCGGGGCUAAACUGUCAAUCAUUGUGUUGACAAAGGGAGUCUUCAUCCAGUCACACUUUCCUUUCAUCUCUCCCCCUGCACUGGUUUACGUUUCAUUAUCAGCUCUUUACAGUAAACACAACCAAGAAUAAAAAUUACAAUAAGAGGGAUGACAUAUUUCAACAGCCAAACAAAUAAAGUUUAUAUCAGCAGGUUUGAUGUCUUUAAAGGCCAAUGAGUGACAACAACAACAACCUAAAACCAAUGAGAAAGAAGCAUUGGAGGCAAGUUUGAGCUCAGAGUUAAAUGCUCGCAUGAAAACUGGGUUUUGUUGCCAUCAAAGAAACGCACACAGCCUGUGAAAUGACACCCUACAAAUAUUAGAAUUUACUACUGAUACUUAGACCAUGUAUGCACUGCUAAUAUUUGCAUUUACAACACCAAUUCCAAAAACGCUCGGAUGUUGUGUGAAAUAUCGAUUAAAAAAAAAGUGAUUUGCAAAUUUAGAUUUACUUCAUAUCAGAUUUUUUUUUAAAAAAGACAAUCCUUUAAAUGUUGAAAAUAAAAAAAAUUCCUGUUCAAGAUACAAUAUAUGCUCAUUGUAAAUUUAAUCCAAGCAACACCUUUAAAAAAUUCAGGACAGGGACAACAAAACGCUGAAAAAGUUGUGUUGUGCUUAAAAAAAAAACACACACAUCCUAAAUAGAGGUUCAUUUACAACUGAUCAGUGAUAGGACUGGGUAAGACUAUAGCAAAUAUGGGAAAAGGCUUAUUACUCUGUCAAAGACUGCGCAAGUAAAUACUCUUAUCGAAUCACGUUCCGCAUAAAUAAGAGGAUUUUAACAAAUAUCUCUCCAUGAAAGAGGCACAACUGAAAACCAAUACUGGGUAGGUGUGCUACAUCAAAAACAGACAUGAUGACUAUGUAGUGGAAAUCACAGCAUGGGCUCAAAUUCCCUCUGAAUUCAUUGUAUAUGGUUCAUCACUACAAAAUGGUUCAUCUACAAACACUAGAUAAACUUGAGAAAAAGAAAAAAAUGAACAUGAUCCAGAAAAGCUGGUUCUAACGCUGAGCUUUAGCCCGUUUAAAAUAGAGUGAGGUAAAGUGGAAAAGUUUACUGUAGACUGAAGAAUCAAAUUAGAUGUUAAAAUUGGUGAACAGCACUCAAACUUAAUAUCAAAGUAAACUAAUUUGCAGUCCUUCCUCUCAACUUAGAAAAGCUGAUAAUAACGAGUUAGCUGUAACCGAACAGAAGAUUAAGAUCAAAUUUGGAGUUUUAACUUGGAUUGAACUUUAACCUCAAGUGAGCACAGAAACAUUGCACCAUGUUAUUAGGAGACAAAACAUAAAUUGUCAGUUUGUUUUAUUGGUAUAAUCUGAUAUAAAACUAUCCAGUCAAAUCCUUCUUUUACAUAUUUAGAUAAAUCCCAUGGGUUUGUGUUUUCAGCGGGCUUUAGGACGUGUAAAUUGUAGAGUUCGAUGGUGAUGAGGCUCUCGUUCAGUGACCACCACAGUGUUGUACAGUGCCUCUACUGGCUUGUUGUAUUCCCUAGCUAGGUGCAGUAUUUACUUCCUGGCAGCAGCUACUUUGGCCCUUUACUCUGAGCCUUGGCAGACUGGGGCACUAUUUGGCAGGGCUGCAUCCCUCCUACUAACUGUAUUGGAGCUCACCCUGCACAGAGUGAAGCACUGCAGCAAUCGAGCCUGCAACAGGGCUAGCGCAGAGUGGAGGGGAGGGGGGCUCGAGAUGGAAGAAAGCUCAUCCAUACUGAUUGCAUUUUCGGGAUUCUUCUGGUUUUUUUCUGACAUUUUUUCCUCUCCUUUUUUAGAUUUUCUUCUUAUUGAUAAAAAAAUGUCUUUCCACUUAAACAGAGACCUGACAAUCUGAUGCUGUCUUGCCUUCCUGUCAUUGUUCUCUCUUGGUCAUUUGUCGGUCAAUGUCUUUUUGUACAUUAGCUUGUAUUUUGUCUGUCCUCUCAGCACUCGUCCUGUCCUUCUUCCUCUUUUUAAGCUCAAACAGGUUUUCUUAGAUGGUUAAAUUUGCCAGGAGAAUAUCAGCUCUGGCAUCAUCUUGUUUGUCUGCUAACAUCCACCUGCUGGACAUACUGCAACCGUCUGUAUUUAUGAGUUGUGGUGAUUUGAUUAAUGGCAUUUAAUCCAUUGAUUUGUAAUGAAAGACAUCCUCUUGUUUUUUAUCCAAAGGAGUCCCAUCGAUCCUCUUCUAUCCACCACCACUAACUCCCCCUCUUGCUGAUUCAGUGCAGUUCAGCUUUGCUUACGCAUACGUCUGGUGAAGGCCGAAUGGCAAUUACAAUCAGAGUGCUUUGGGAGGUUUAUGCGAGGCUGAGACUGGUUGGCUGUAGCUCUGUCCGUGUCUCUGAGGUGAGAAGACGGGACAAAGGGUGGAAGGAGAGGGAGAAGAAACAGAGGUGGAGUGGAGAGAAGGAAGGAUAGAGGUUGAUGAGCUUUAUUCAUCAACUUUCUUCAAUCUUGGAUUUACUGGUGCACAUGAGUGGUUGUUACAGCUUGUAAAUCAUGGAAAUCUGUAGUACAAUAAUUACAUAAUACCAAGCUGGAGGCUGUAAAAUGAGGCCGACGAGGGUGUGACAAAAACGGCUGUUUCUUGAGUGGCUUGUUGUGAGUCGAUUACCUUAGACACCCAUGUGUCAGGAUGCUUGAAAAAGUGAGGUAAAAUUGUUCAGUUACGACUCAGAUGGGAUAACUACUGGUCGCAACUCGAUUCAGUGAACUUCAGGGUUAUUUUUUGACUUGUCACCAGUGGACAACUACUGUAUUUGUGGUGUUGCUCACUGUUGUAGUUCAAAAGUAGAUGUCCUCAAAAAAUCUUUUGAAACUUCUAUAUAUCUUAUGCUCAUCAGACAUAAAGUUAAAUAUUUGAAGACUUUUUUUGUUUGAAUUUUGAUGAUUACUCACGGAGGCGAUCAGUCUGUAGUUUUGCCUCGGUUGUUUUGAUCGCUCCUUCAGCUCGUCUGUAUUGUUGCUCUGGUGCCUCUCAUCUUUCUCUUUGCAAAACCCCAGAGAUCCUCCACAGGGAUCUGUGUCUAGAAGUUUUGGCGCUGUGGGAAAGUGCCAGGUCCUGGUGGGUAUGGAAAUGUGUAUCUGUGCAAAGCUCAGCAGAUGGAAGCAUGAAAUGCUCUCCAAUCUCCUGCGUUGGCUACAGCAACAGAUGACAUGGAGACCCAAAUGAUCUGAGAAGGAGGAAACUUUCUGUGCCUUCAGACUCUUCAGACUCUUCCUCUUUUGGACUCUGUGGGAUCUGGAUUUCCAAAUGAUUUCUUUUUUUUCUUAGCCCAGGUAAGACUCUGGCUGAGGAGAUGCUUGACAGUAGGAAUACCAAACGUGUUGCCCGUUUCCUGGACAUGUCUCUGUGUAGUAUCUCUGUGGGAUGCUUUGACUCCACCCUUACCGGCAAUUUCCACCGCAUCCGGAACAGCUAUAAAAAGGUUGUAUUUGCUGAUAAUAGCUGAUCUUAACCAUUCAAGUUAAUGUGUCAAUUUCCACCGGCUUCUUUCCGUUCCGCUGCGGAUCGCCAGACUCCGCAGCUGAUCGCAAGAGUCCGGACGCCAGGGCAUGCCGGAUAAAGUCAGGCACAGACACAAAAUAAAACAUCCUGCUUCUUUUCAAAAUAAAACACUCUGUGUUUCAGGCGGAUUGUGUUUCACACCAUGCAAAUGGGCGGGGACGAACAAGUGAAAGGUUUAUAGACAGCAUUUGAUCCCGAUGACACCAUGGAUGAGAUGAUGCUGAUUUUAGAAAUCUGGAAGUAGAUGUCCUCCUCUGGAAGAACACAAUCCACUGCUUCUAUGGUUAGCCUAAGUGGCUAAAGAUGCGGUGGAAAUCCUUUUGAAGAUCCUCUAAGUUCUUGGCUCUGCCUUGUUUGACCAUCCUGUCAGGGCUGUCAUCAAUCUUGUUGUUUGGUUCCCGUUUCAGUCAACUUUCCAAGGAUGCACUUGGAAAUAGCAUCCUCUGACCACAAUCCUUUUCAGCUCUUUUCAGGACUGACAUGACUGUCAAGAAACUGGAUUUGUGGAUCUUUGACUUUUGUGAGCUGUAAGCCAGAAUCAAGAUUCAAACAAAAAAAGUCCCAAUCAUUUUUAUUCCCAUCACUGUUUUUGCCGGACCUUUCCACUUGUUUUUGUCGCAGUUGAACUUACGCACCUCCUGCAUGUCGCCAUCUGUCAACAACAGGGAGAGAGGUUGGGAGAGGAAACAGACAGCGGCAGGUUGAGGGGUGCAGGAAACCAUGAACUGCAGCAAGGACAAAAGCGGACUGAGUGCAAAGCAAGAGCUGAAUAAGUAUAAAUGGGGAAGAUACAGUGGAAUAAGAGGGGGAGGGAGCAGGAAGUCCACAAAGGGGGAGGAUGGGGGGGUAACUGUGUGGUAUCCCAGCUGCUGUAGCACAAUAACACAACCAUGUUUUCCUGACUGAAACAAAACGGCUCCAAGACCACAUACAGGCGGUCUCUCACCUGAGCCCUACCGCCAUGGUUGUUUUAUCACAUACACACACACACACACACACACAGAUUUUUACUGACUUGGCGAAACUCACACUUCAAAUCUGCGUGCGCAUACGCGUGUUUGUCGGUGUGGAGGGAUCCCAGCCAACAUACUGCUGUAUUCUCCUCCAGGGGCGGUAAACAGUAUGCAAAUCUUCAGCCAGGCUAUUUGUAGUGAAGUCACCUUUGCAAGGGAAAACGGUGUGCGCAUCUGUGUGUAUGUGUGUGUCUUUUCUGCAGAGGACAUCCCGAAUGCUGCGUCACUGCUACAGCAGAGAAAAAGUGAUGUCAUUCAAGGAGUUGUUUUGUGAAACCUUUUGACUGCAGCUGCAAAUUAACCAGGAAAAUAUGUCACAUAGGAAGAGUUGGAAUUUAAACAUUCACUUUAUGACAAUUCUGUGUUAUAUUCGAUGAUGUUCACGCGGAAAACCAGAACUCAGCAGAUCCAAGCACACCAAUGUCCUGUGCCUAUUAGCAGAAUGACUUCAUUUGUCUGUGCAUCCUUAAGGGGUGCAACAGUUUGGGAUCUUGCACCUCCUUGGUUUGGGUUUGGUCUGAGCAAGGUCAAAGCUGCACCAAAGGGAUUUAAAACUUUGAUAGAGCAGCUAUGAGGAAAUUUUAUCUCAUGUUGCUUUUGGCAGUUAGAUCGGAGUGUUAGAAAUCUAGUGCAUGCAAGGAAAGAGUUUUGUAAAAUAUGGACAUGUUGAGCCAUAACUGCAACCAGCUUUUCAUCAGUCCACCCAAACUUUGGUCUGACACAGAUCUAUAAGUCACCACUUCAUCUCUCGCUCCACACUCAGGGCGUUUACAUGCACAGCUUUAUCGGACUAAGCUCAUAAUUCCUUUUUUUCACCAAAUCAGACUUCUCUCCUUGUCUGCGUAUACAUGCAGCUGAGAAAUCGAAUUAUUGACAUGAACAAGUCCUCCUUCCCAAAACUAAGGGGCAAUAUGGGUCUUUUCAGCGGCGCUGUUUUCGGACCUUUUUAGAAGGUGUCUCCGUUCCUCGUUUUGCGACCGUCCAUAUUCUUUAAAAUGUCCCUUUCUGUCAAGACAGAAAGCAUAACGGCACUUUCCUCAUCGUUCCAAAAGUGGACAUUAUUUUGUGCUUCGGCCAUGUCGCACUCUCUCCUGAGUCAAAAGUUCUUUAAAUGACAGGGCCACUUCUUCUCUGGUGUUUUUGUUCCGGGGUUACGGAGGCGUGGCGCACGUGUACAUGCAUUGUCCGAUCAUACUCCGACUGCGCUGGUUACAUAGUAGAGGAAAUCGAAUUCCAAUCAGAUUAUCUGGAUGUCUUAGUCGGAGAUCUCAAACCUCGAUUAUAAUUGGACUAAGGUGUUUACAUGCACUCCAGUUGUCCGGUCUUAAUUGGAGUAAGGCAAUAAUUCAGUUUUCGCAAGUGUCAUGUAAACGUACUGACUGAGAAGAGUCACAAACGUAUUUGUAACUGCUGCUGUUGUGUCUGAGGUUAUUGUCUCUGUUGCCGAUUUGGUGAAUGUCUAAAUUUUCUCAACAAAAGUUAACUUUCCACAAAUCACAUUUGUAAUGAACACAAGUGCUUUGAGAUUCAACAAAACAUGUUAAGUGACAGGGAAGUUUGGGUACAGCUACUUCCCGGAGUUUGUUUGUUACCUAGCAACCUCCUUGUAAAAACAAAUCACUUUUCACUCCAGUUUUGUCCAGAUAAAAGAAAUCUAGCAGACAUAAGAGUGGUGUGGAUCCUCCCCUAAACUCCUCCCUGACCUUUAUGAUCCGACUUGAGAUUGUCCUGAAACAUUGAUGUCUACCUCAGUCAUUGUUGGUUAGCAGGACUCAGUGGGAUGUGAUCUUGAACUAAAUGUAUUUGUCUAUGGACCAGUAUUAUUUAAAAGAAAGGAGGGGUAAAUGAGGAUCUGUGUCUAGCCCCUGACAGUUUCCCUCGCAGUGUUUAGCUGUCCUGAUAUAUGGGUCGAUGUGGGAUCAGUGUGAUGAGUUUGGGCUCAGAUCUCAACCCUGGCCAGGCUAAAUGACUCUAAUUAAAGCUUUUGAUCCUCUGUCUCAAGCUGAGAGCACUCUUUUUUUUUUUUGCUUCAUCCUUGAAUCGCAUCGUCUUGUCCUCCUUCAUUUCCUCACAAUCAUCCCUCACUUUCUUUGAGUCCAUUUCGCUUACUUGUACUCUGGCUCUAAGUCUUUGCCCCCUAACCCACCUCCCCCCACCCAUUCGGGUCUUUGUCUCAGUAUUGAUGUUAUUAGUGAAGUACUUAGGUAAUAAGUGCUUUCUGAGUCACCGGAUGAUGUUUUAGUGUUAUUUCCUCCAAUGUGCUGAACACACACAGCAGAACAGCCAAAGACCAUGAGCUUUACAGGCUUGUUAGAAGAUCAUGCUUUUAACAAGCUGGUGUCUUUGGUCUGAGUGAUUAGCUGGUCUUUGUUUACUUCACUCUGAAGAGCUGAGUCAGCUUAGGUCAGCAAAACAUUUGAGUAUGAAUUGAUUUUUGACCAAAAGUUGAAAGAAAAACUGGAUGAAAUUUUGUUGUUUUUUAAGUCUUAGCAUGAAAAUGAAUAAAAUGAUUUCAUAUCUUAAAAACAUCAAACCGUCUUUUACUUUGUCUGUUUAAAUAUUGUGAUGUGAUUUCUUGAUAACGCCCGCAUUGUGUAAUUCAUAUUAAUAUUUUCCCAUUAAGUCUUUAAAACAAAAAAGAUAAAACACUUCAACACAAAUAAACUUAGUUCUUCUACCACACUAAUUCUUCAGACUUUAGACUUAUUUUGUUUUUAAAUACAAUACAAUACAAUGUACUGAUUGUGUUUUUUUUUUUUAUGAACAUUUUUUAAUUUCUUUGACAGUCAACAUUACACUCCCAAUAUUUAUACGACCUAGAUUUAAAAAAUUAUGUUUAGGAAAAUAGUUUUAUUUUAAAUCUUGGUAUAUUCUUUAUCAGAUAAGAAAAUUUUGGUUGAAUAGUUCUCACGUUUUGUAAACAAUUAAGUACAAAUAUUACAGUAAGUUCUCAAAGUAAUAAAAAACAGGGUUUGUGGUUUUUAAUCAAAGAAAAUAAAACAAAAAAUGACAGCCAUCUUGAAAGACAUUAUAGACCCAACAAAAGUAAAGUUUAUACUAAGGCUAUCAAAUGUUUAUUUUUUUUUAUUGUACAAUGUAGUGAAGCCUGCUGGUGUGGUGAUGGAAAAUAACAAAACGACUGCACUUUUUAAAUGGUGCAUUUCCGUGUAAUGCUCAGACGUGGACAAAAUUAGAGAAGAACUGAUUUAUAGCUGCAGAUGCUCACACUCACAAGGCCGAUUGAGAAAAUAAACAAAUAAUGUUUGCAAAAAAAUGCUAACACUAUUUUCUGACUCUAAAUGUCAGAAUUUCAAGCUGAUGUUAAACAUCUUAGUUCUGUAAUGCUAUUUAAGAGUCUAAAAUCUUUCAUGUAACAUGUUUAUUUAAACCUCGUUAACUUAAUGGAAUUUUCUACUUUAACUGAUUUAAGAUCCAUUGAAAUUAUGUAACCGGCUCAGAUAACCAUGUAAAUUAGACUGUGAUGAUCAUGGAAUAAUUGGUGUCACAUUGUUGCCAACAACAGCAAAAACAACAAAAACAACAGUGUGAUAACAGUAUUACAUAUCAGCUACUGGUUGACCUGCUCUCCAGUCGUUGUUGACUGUUAGGAGAAGAGAUGUUGGCGGACCUCUGAAUGAAACUAAACCUAACAACUUAACUACAGCCACAGCUGUAAAUUCUUUUAAAAUGCAAGGACAUAAAAUUUUAGGCAUGAUUAGAAAUGCAAUCAAUCACAAAGGACGACUGGAAUUUUGUGAUUAAUCAAGAUUUUCUAAAACCUAAUUGUUUGACAUUCUUACUUUGUUUUCAGGAGUGUCAGGUCAGCAUUUAUCGCCCAGUAGCUGAAAGUUUUUGUCUUAACGACCCCUGAAAAAAAAAGUGUAUUGAUAUGUUUUGCAGCUCUUGCUGCAAGGCAGCUUGUUCUGCUGAAAAUAGCUCCCCUCUGAACCUUGACUCUGUUGUAAGAUGUUGUGACAACCAAAACGGAUCUCUAAAGGUGAAGAUACCUGAGAGGGUACUGCAGAGCGGGGUUUAAAUUCCCUGGCAGUGGCACCGCUCACAUUACACAAAUAAAAGAGUCAAAAGACAGAAGGAUUUUUGGAAGGGAAUAAAAAUAAGAAUAUGAAUUGAACAAGGAGACAUCUAACAAAGCCGAGAGCUGACAGAGAGCAAAAACACAAAUGAAGGAGAGAGGUAUAAAAAGAAAGACAGAAAUAGAGGAGAAAAUAGCAUGGACAGAAAGAAGAAAAGGUAGUCUGAUGAAGUAGAGAAAGAGAGAAAGCUAAAGAAAGAGCAGAGAGUGUCCAGGGGAGGAUGUAAGGAAAGAGAUUUAGGUCAUUCUGUAUGACUGGCAGGAACAAGGGAAUGAAAAAGAGAGGAAGAAGCAGGGACCGAUGACGCAAAUUAGGCAGAGGGAGAAGACAGAGACCAGGAUGAAUUUCAGGGUUUGUAGUCGGGAACACGAGGAGAGUAUGGACUGAGUGGCCCUCUUUAUCGAACUGUUAUCUCACUUUGUUUCUCUUGAUUUGUUUAAUUAUUCAGAGGAGGUUUUAGUCAUAAAGUUAUCCAAAACCAUACAGGUUACAAGCUAAACUGACAGUAUGUGUCAAAUCAAACAGCAGUGAUGAAAAAGACAGAGAGGAACGGAGCAGAGGAGAGCAGCACGGCAACAGUAAACACUUCGUUGCAGAGGCCUCGUCAGGAGCGCCAGAAAAAUGCCAGAAAAGUGUAUUAUUAAAAAUCAUUGCCUUUCCACUGUGUAUGAAGUAAUUGAGAAGGUCAUUAUAAAGGGAAUUGGCCUGCACAUUUCAUCGCCUACUGCAGAAUUCGUGGUGUUCAUGUAUGUGUUCAUGUUUCUUGCAAUCAAAAUCAAUUGAUCUUAGGUGAAACACACCUGCAAUCUUAAGGUUUGAGUGAAAAAAUGGCGAGACAGUGGGAGAUAUUUCUUCUCCACAUGAGUCCAAUAUUACGUUAGUAAAGCUACAUGAGAGCUUACAGUAGGUUAACAGGAUUCAGUUACAUCCCUACUAUACAGCCAGCUCAUAAGUUUGUUUCACUUUAAGACUACCGAGCUCUUCAUCCAUGUAAUCACCUGCUUUCUGUGUCUCUUUUCAAACUUUAUUUUCAUCAUACAAAUAGGUUAAAAGAAGGCAGUCUUUGACUUUGUCCCUGUUACUAUGGUUACUCAUCUUUUGGUCCGAGCUGACGCGUAGUCAGCACAUUAUUUUAACACGUAUAAUUUCAGUGAACAAGCAGUUUUAACAGUGUGACUCGCAUUGUGUGCACUGUUUGGAAUCAAUCGACAGCCUUGAGACCUCCAGAACUGAAUAUCUGGUGUGAAGUAAAUCAGUCAACCUCUGAUGGAGCUGAGGAGGAGCUGACAUAGUAACACCUGAUUAUUGCUCAGCAUCAUUUCUUCUCACGAGUUGGCAAUUUGAUUCCAGCACAGGAAACCUAUUCUGUUUACUGAGAAUAAAAACUUUUUACAGUCAAUAGUCAUUUGUUACUCAAUCCUGGAUUAGUUUAGGAUUAAAAAUAUUAAAAAUGAGUUUAUUCUCAUGUAAAUGUGAAGGAUUACGAUUUAAAACUCAAGCUUGGAUUCUUGAUUUAGUAGAGAUAAUAUUCUACUAUAUUAUCAUCAACUUAGAUAACUCCUAGUUUAUAAAAUCCUCCAUUUGAUCUUUAUUCGUCAUCACUAAGAAAUGAUGAUUUAGCUUUUUCUAGUCAGCUGAUGAUUCAAUGAUGAUUCAAGCCAGAAUAAAAUCAGGCAACGAGCGCCAUGAUUCUGGAAAAUACCAAGCAUAAAAGAACAGCUGACUGAGUCACAAAUGUUGAUUUGUGGUUCAGGUUCAUCUGAAAAUACAUAUGUAAUAUUAUUUCAGGGAAAUCUACUCGGCUGGGUCUUCAUGACAGAUUUAUGGGAGUCAGAACUUUCUCUCGGCUCUUACCUCGCAACAGUAGAGACUAAACCUACAUAUCAGCUAGUCAGACAAUCGCAUUACUUUACCAGCCAUAAGAUGCCAGAUGACGGCUGGUCAUCUGCCAAGAUGGCUGGCAGUGCAGACAGACUCAUCAGCCAGAAAUCUUUGGGCAGCAGUUGGCUGACAGACUGUUUCCAUUGAAAGAUCUUGACAGUCAUCUAUCAGUAUAGAGAGACAUUUUUACUAAACGAAGGAAACACCUCUUCAACUCCAUAUGCUGUUUGGAGACAAAGUGAUGGGGAGUGUGCAGGACAGAAAGUGGUGCGUUUACUUCCUGACUGAAUACUAAUUUAUUGUUUAUAUUUGAUGGACAUAAAAAACUGAAGCUGUUUAUUAGCAGCUUGGCUCCAGAGAUCCUUAUGUUCUUCAGUUAGUUUACUUUGCUUGCAUAGAUAUCCACACAGACAUUCCCAGCUCCUAUGGCAAUGACAUUUUUCAUCGCUACUUUAUUUAUGAUCAUAAUUAUGGAGUUUUGGCAAAUUUAGCUUUUAUGAGAUUCCUUUUUUGAUCAUAGAUUUUUUUAAUUGGCAAUAUAUGCAAAUUUCAGUGAGAAGGAGUCGUGGUUUGAGGUUUACAACAGCUAAACAGGGCAGAGCACAUAAUAUGAAUUUGGGCAGAACGUCUCCAAGGAGGAGGUAUUUGUGUUGUUUGUGGUUUCCUGUUUUAACCUCAAGUAGAUUUUUCUUUGAUGGUUACAUAAAGCUCUGGUGAAGUGUUAAAGAAAUAGAAGGAAAUCAAGGAUAUAAAGCCUUUUUAUAAUAUACAAAAUCAAAAAAUAUCAUCAAUGGCAAGACUGACAAUUAUAAUAUUGUGCUUUUUAAAGCCUGAAACUGGUACUAGGGGGUAGGUGACAGCCGAGUAGCUGAAGAGCCAGCUCUGUUUUUACAUUGUCUGCAUGAGAUACUCACAAUAAAUGAUAUAUUUGACUGUCAACAGUCAGCACGAUGAGGUUUUUCUCAUCUCAUUUUGUAGAUGACAAGAUGAGCAAAGCCUGCUUGUCCACAGGGGGCACCCAAAUUGACACGAACCAGAAGUCCCUCACAAGAGCUUUAACCUUAACCAAGUACAAUCAUGAUGAUUAAAGUACCUCAAUAAUCUAGAUAGUUCUCUUAAUCCAAAACCUUAAAUAUACCCUUAUAUCAACCUCACCACACCCCCUCCUAAAUCUGGGUCCAUAGCACUAUUAAUGGUUUUAAACUCAACAAGAAACUUCCAAGUCCUGAGUGCUACUAUUGUGAGUCAGCAGGCGUUUGACCAUUCAAUCCUGUUUUUUUUUUUCUCACACAGAACUCCUACUUUGUUUCAUGCGUAAUUUGGAUGACUUGUGUUUCUCAGUUUUCCACAAGCGGCAGCUGCGAACAACAAAACAUCUCCAACCCACUAGCUUCUUGAUACCUCGAAGUCAUGUGCUUGUCAUGUAAUAGGAUGAAGGAUUUCAGUCGGCAGACGUGCUCAAGGUGGCAGCGGCUCAGCUUAAAGUUUCAGAAGUGAGUCAGGGAAACUCAGAUUUUUGUGUUUAAGCUGUUUAAUCAUUAUUAUUCACCAGAGUUAAUCGACUUAAUGUUGGAGAAGGUGAGUGGGCUAUAUGGAUGAUUCUACACCUUUUGAAUCCUGGUGACUAAAGGAAUAGAGCUUAAAUAAGCAACUUAAAGCCUCUCCUGCUGAAGAAAUGCAGCUUAGAGACACUUGAGUCAAGUCAAUCUGCUUUGUAAACACCAGUCUAUGGUAGUUAGAAUCAUGGCUGUAGUUUACAAUGUUUUAAAUUUCUUCUGCUGAGGGCUGCUGGGAAAAAAAGUGACUGAUAAACACUAAAAGGUCACCUGGGAACUGUUUUGUAAAGUUUACUGCAGGACAACAAACAUAUAAAAUGUUUUGCAAAGCUGUUAUUUCAGUUUCAGAAUGAAGGGACGCUUAAACUGUCUAUCUGUCUUUGUCUGCUUAUUCUGUAACUCCAAAAGAGUGAAAUAAUUCCAACUCAAAAAUGAAUCUGUGUUUGCCUGUGUGUGCGUGUGCGUCUUUUGUGUGUGAGUGUGCGUGUGUGUGUGUAUCCAGGGCAGCUCUAGAUAGCAGUGCCAAAUUAGACCAUGAUAAUAAGCUGUGGGACUUCAUGUACUCCCCGAGGAUUAGAGGAAAACUUCAUCUGUCUGUCUUUAUCGUUGACCUGACACACAACCACACAAAACCACAUGCACACGCAUGAACACACAUGUGCUCUUGAAUGUUUUCACUCUAACAUACACACUGGUGAGUUGAUCACAUAUGCUACAAACCAAAUCAUGAAAAAAACAAGAGCACUGGUAAGGAUGUGCAGCAUGCAGUCAGCAUGUUAGGGAGACCGAAGACGAGUCUGAGCUAUGAUGAAAUCAACAAUCCAGGUUAUGAGGAUGAUGAUGAGGAAGAUGAUGAUGGGUAUGAGGAGGACAUUGAUGAUAACGAUGAAGAUGAUAAUGAUGAUUAUGAGGAUAAUGAUAAUGACUCGGACAAUGCUGAUGAGGAUGUUGACGAUGAUGGAGGUGACAAUAAAAAUGAUGACGUUGCUUAUGGGGAUGAUGAUGAUGAUGAUGAUGGAGAUGAUAACGAUGAUGAGGAUGCUAAUGAGGAUGAUGGGGAUGAGAUGAUGCAAAAGAUGAUAAGAGGGAUGAAGAUGUGUAUGAUAAGGAUAUUGAGGAUGAUGAAGAAGAUGAUGACAGUUAUGAUAGAGUUAAUAAGGAUGAUGAAGAUUCUGCAAUGAGAAUAAUGAUUGGGAUAAAGCAUUGAGGAUGAUGCUAAGGAUGAUAAUGAGCAUGAUGCUGACAAUGAUGAUGAUGAAAAUCACAACUAUGAUAAUAUGGUAGAUAAUGAGGAUUAUGAUGAUGAUGAUGAUGAUGAUGAUGAUGAUGAUGAUGAGGAUAAUGCUGACAUUGAUAAUGAAUAAGAGGAUAAUGCUGACAGUGAGGCUGAUGAUAAGGAUGUUGAUGAGGUUGAUGAAGUUGAUGGGUACAAUGGGGAUGUUGAGGACAAUGAUGAUAUUAAGAAUAAUGAGGAUGGUGAUGAGAAUGGUGCUGAUGAAGAUUUGAAUUUGGAUGAUUACAAUUAUGGCAAGGAUGAUGAAGAUGAUGAGGAAGAAGAUGAUGAGGUUAAGUUUGCUGAGGAUAAUGAUAAAGAGGUUGAUAAGGUUGGCUCUUCUGUGGCAUAGGAACUAUCAUUCAUAGGAAAUAUGGUCUGGUGUGUUGUAGUUAGAACAAAUGGUUGUGGUAUUUGAAGUGCUUAUAAACAUAAAGAUGAUCUUAACAGGCUUGCUUUUAUAAAUUCCUUUCUCAACAAAAGUGCUAACACAUGUUUGCGGGUGACAUAAACACUUAUAUCUCCAAUAAAAUACCUCUAGGUUGAGAUAACACUCGCUCAUGAUGCUCAUCAUUUUCCACAGACUGGUUAGAUUUUAUACAGUUUGGCUACAAAAGACCACAUACCAGUUUCAACGAGAGAAAAUUGGUAGUCUCUCUGAGCUGAAGUGGUAAAAAAAAAAAAAAAAGAAACUGUGAGCCCUGAGAGAAAGUACUUCGGUCAAGGUUUGGAAAAAGCAAUUUUGGUACUUCAAGUCCCAGACUGAAAAAACUGAUGUCUGUCUCAAUUUACACUGCAAGAAUAACAACCAAAGCAUUGAUGUCUACACAUAGAGGGUGUAUGAUGACAGUGUUGAUUAAGAAAAAGUAGCUAGCCCUGCUCCCAAAAAGGGUAUAACUAGAUAUUCUCAAGUCAGGACAGAAUGAAUAUGUGAACAAAAUGUUGAAGCUCAUAAAACGUGUUUUAAAAAGGAAGGAAGUUUGGACACAUGCAAAUGCCAGAUUUAACUGUUUGCUUCACAGCAGACUUUCCAAAACUAAUCCUUAUAGAUCAUCUCAAAGAAUACGAAAUAACCACAGACCAUCAAAUUGGUUUCAGUAGUGAACUAAUCACACAUAUGCACUUUUACGUAGACUACAAAAGUAUUAGCAUUUACAGGCAUAAAAACUCCACAAUACUCAUUUUUUCCUGGAUGCUCUUUCGGCUUUUGAUAAAAUAAAUCAUGGUAAAUCGGUCAUAGGACUUCAGAAGUUAAAAGUUCCUCUUUAUCUGAUAAGAAUAAAACGUUUGUGUUAUUAGCAUCAAGUUAGCCCAAAGGUGCAGAAGUUUAUCUGCAACCCUCUUGGGGAUAGAAUGGAUCUCAUGAUGAGAAAGUCUGUCACCUCUCCUCUUUAACUUGUGUACAGAUGAUCUUCUGAGGAGUUCAAAGCAUGUAAGACUGGAUGUAGAGGAUAGAUUUAUUAAUUAUUUGCUGUAUACUAAUGACUUAGUCAUCCUGUCGACUCACAGCUCUGGUUUACUGCAACUGCUUAGAAUUUGCCCUAGUUUUGAUGAGCAGUCUGACAUCGACUUUAACAGUAAAAAGAGCGUCAGAAAAGGCAGAGAACAGAAACAACAUUUCUCUUCAUUUCUGAUCAGCUUUCAGCGUCAUGGACAAAGAAAAACAUCUAUCACAUUAUCAGAGAUGACUUAAAUGAAAAUGAUGAUCAGUGCAGGUCCUGCAAAGUGUUUGUACAAGCUAAGUUUCAAAUAUGCACAGAGAGUGUGGAAGUCAACAUUUUCAGAGCCUGACGUCCUUUAUAAUAUAUUAAUCAUCUGUGGUGCAGUUAACAGCUUAGUAGAGAUGUAUGUGAGAAAGUAAACCUACUAUCUCAUAACACACCUCUGAGUUUGUAGAAGUUAGUAUACAGUUGUUUUCUCAGGUGAGUGCUUAAAAAACAUUUAUGUGUGGGAUGAUAUUUCUGUAAUGAGACACAAAUAAUUCGAUAAAGUGUUUGAUCUAGUUCUGCUUACUUUCAACAAAGUUCCUUAAAGGUUAUUAACAGCACUUUACAGCUACUAAUAUUGUUCUUCUCUACUUUUAAGCAUUGCUUUUUUUAGGUUAUAAGUUAUUGUGUUCAUUAGUUUUUUAAUCUUAUCCUCAUUUGUCUCAUCUCCCAAACAACAGGAAAAAUAACCCCACAAAAAUCGAAGAAAACAAAACAAAACAAUAGAGUAUAUAAGAUUAAUGGAAAAAUCAGUCAGUUAUUCAGAGGGUCAUAACCUCUCAAACAAAGUCUGAUAUUAUUUUAACAAAAUUACUUGACGGCCUUGUCAUGUAGUGAACGACAUCCCUGCUUUGGUUUAGGUUCAGACCCACUCAUUUAAUAUGAGGAGUGAUUGUAAGAAAGUCUAUCUUUGAUUUAAAGUUGUUUUUACUGUGAACUUUUCUCUGUUUUGCACAUUCAGUGAUAAAUCACUUCUCCCCCAAAUUGCUUAUUUCUCCAACUGUUGCCACUCAUCUUUCUGCUGCGUGUUCCUCUCACUAUCACAAUGCUUCAAAUGCAAAAUGGAUAAAAAAUGCAUUCGGUCACUUCUUAAUACAUAUUUACAACCCCUGACAAACGGGUAUGUCCUGUCAUAUGAUCAUAAUACAAAUGUAGCUUUAUAUCCGACAUAUUAUUGCUUUUAUUGAUCGGUUGUGUGUCGGUGCAGCGUUGUCUCAGCCUGCAGGAAGCGCACACGGGCGCGUAAUAACGCAAAACGUUCCCCUUCCUGCCGGUGUCUCAAAUUAUGCGGUAAACAAUGCAACCCUAGUGCAACCAAAUGCACACACUUAAAAACUUAACAAACAUUUACACAUAAUUAGAUCCACUUACCUGUCGAGGGUGCGUUCAAUCGUGCUGACUUGUGUGUUCAGACGAGGAAACUGAACGCAUCAUUUCCGCAUAGUAAAUAGGCGGGUAUGGCGGACAGAAGUGGUCACAUGACUGCGGGAAAAAAAAAAUCUUCUUGUUGUUUGAAAUUGAUUUCUAAAAAUGCAGUAAAAUUAUGUUAAAUUCCGGGUUAACUUGUUAGAAAUUGCAAUGAAAGAUUUGAUGGUUAAAGAAACUUAAAAGACUCAAAUAUGAAUAAAAUUUGAUUUGUUAAAAGUUAUGUAACUAACAACUGACCAGUGGGAGGGGCUAUAGGGAUUUAAAACAAGAUGGCCUCGGUCAGUUAGUCAGUUUGGAUUUGCCUGCACUGAAGGUAACUGCUAAGCUUUUUCCUUUGCACUGAGGUUAUGUUUUGUAGAUGCAAAUAGAAAAAUAUUGUAGAAAUCUCUCCUUUUUUGGUGAUUUGGUCGUUUUUGCACAUUCUGUAAAUAAAGGUACACUAUACCUUGAGAGGUAAAUUCAAAUAUCACCUCAUUUUUUCAACUACAUCUGCCAAUGCUUGAUCACUUAUGUCAUAUUUUAUCUUGGUUUUAUCAUUAAAGUCCUAGAUCCAGUGUUUCCUCAUUUCUUGUAACCCAAUAUAGCAUUUCCUCAGUCAUCUGUGGGAAGUUGAAGAGUCCUCACCUGAUCUUUUGCGUUUGCAUCUGUGUGUGUGAGCGUGUGAGUGCUGUAUGUGUUGAAUGGGGUUAGGAGGGUGGGUUGGGUUUGGUAUUUGUAUUUUUAUUUAUUUUAUUUCAUUAAUUUUAAUAUCCUGCUUGAAUGGACAACACUUUGUGCUACAUUACAUGUAUGAAAAGUGCUUUAAAAAUUGUUUGAUUGAUUGAUUGAUUGAUUGAAUGUGCUACAAGGUUGGGGAGUGGAGUUAGGACUGAGACUUGAAUAUUUAGUGAACAUGAUAUUUUCUAACAUGUAGGAAGAAGAAUUGCUAAAAUACUGCAUGGAAACAUUUCUGCAGACUGUUCAGAAAAAGACUUACAAUAGACUACAUAAUAUUCUGCAUAAUUGCAAUAGUGGUAUCUGAAAUUACUGAUCUGUUUUCUCUGGAAAAUGCUGGACUUUGGUGUCUGAGACCUACAUGCACACUUACAUCAGUACUGAUUUUUACAUAAUGAAAGCUUCCACAAAACAGCCCCCAGUAAUAAAUCUGUCUCCUUUGUGCUCUUUUUUUCAUGUACCUGCUUCCAUUCUUUCUGCUUACGCUUUAUUUUCCCUCUUUUUACCCUGUGUACCUCAUUAUUUUUACACUGUUCAUCCAUCAGCCCCAACCAGCCCUCUGACUCUGCUGUUAUCAAUGAGAAUGCAGCACUCAGGACAUUUGCACUGAAUUAACAGCGCUCCUUUACUCUCCUGAGUGUCUUAUUGGCGCCCCCUGUUUGCAGCUCAUUGACAUGACCACUGCUCUCCACUGCAAUGGCCCAAAUCUCUCCCCCCUCCUCCUCUGCCAGAAGCCUCAUGAACACCAAAAUACCAAUGGCAAGAAAAGUGUUUGUGUGAAGAUGUAACAGUUUUCUGUGAUAUUGGAGUAAAAAGAGAUUCUCUGUAUUUUUGCGAGUAGUAACACUUCUCUCUUCUUCUCUGCCUCUUCUCUCUGUGCAGUAUGUGGCAUUUGGGUCCCUCUUCUUCAUCCUACUCUCCAUCUCCACCUUCUGCUUGGAGACCCAUGAAGCCUUCAACACCAUCUACAACAAAACAGAGACAGUCAUCAUUGGAAACACGACACGUGAUGAGGUACAGUGCGGUCAUAGAGAUUAUCAUACUGUCAACAACUAAGAUAAUUUGUAGACCUUCGCACCUCUUAACCAAUAAUAUAAUGAAAGUCACAUAUCCCAUGAUGCAAUGUGCAUUAUUCUUUACCUGGACACUCUCUCAUAGUCGUAUUUCUGCAUGUGCCCUGUUUCAUUUUCGACAAAAAUUACCUGAAACUUUUUAUUUUUUUAUCAACAGCAAGAUAACAACAGCAAUGAUCACAAUAAUAAUGACAUACUAUUGUUUUUCAUGUUUGAACAUUAACGAGAUAUUCUGGCGUGAAAUUAAUUUAGGGUCAAACACACUGCAACACAGACUGCAGAGGGGUGACGCAGCUCAAGGAAGAACAUUUAUGAUCAUUUCUUCAUGGAAAUGCAAUCAGACCGAGACGCUAAGGCAGAAGAACUACUGCGUCUGCAGUGCAAAAUGAUUAAUAUGGUGAUUAUUACUUAAAGGAAAUAAUGAAGUUAUGAUCAUGAAUGUUCUUCCUUGAGCUGCGUCACCCCGCUGCAGUCCGUAAUGGACUGGCCUGAGGUCCCGUUACAAACAAGUGGGUGCUGGAAGAGUCUCAGUGCUAAAGAAAUUAGGCAAAGCGAAAAAGAUGUUUGGUAGUGAGUGCUGUGGCUAGGACCCUAUAUGUACUGUUGAUGAAGUUAGGUGCUGUUCUGAGUGUUAUUAGUGGCUAUAGAGUGGUUGAGGUUUGUUUACAGCUCCUCAGACCGCUGUUAAAUGCUAUUCUGCGGUCGUUUCUAAAGUUGGUAUAACUGGAGAAGCAAGCGGUCGGUAACAUUCAACUCUCAAGGGGGUGUCUAACUCGGUGUUACAGUGUGUUUGACCCUAACUUAAUUAUACGCCGGAAUAUCCCUUUAACCUGCCCUCUGAGAUACUGCUCAGACACAUUAGUAUAAAUAGAAAUUUGAAAUGCUGUCAGUGUCCCAAAAUCAGAUUCCUAACAGACCCAUUAUUGCUUUUUUUGGGCAUACAUUAAAAUGUUUUAGUCAUAAAUUCAGACAUGAUUUUACUCUUUAAACCAUUUUAUCUCUAAAAUGGCUGAAAUGGCUGUGGUGGCUCUCAUUAUUUUCACACUCAGCCCAAAUUUUUGCUAUUACAAGGACAAGGAGCAGGAAAUGAGUCUAGAAAGAGGACCUGUCUUCAUAAAGCAGACUCAAGUAUAGAAAUAAAAUCCUUAAAUAAUAACUCAUGCUCACAAACCAUCUGUGCGUACACAAUCUGAAAAAUGCUAACCAUGCAAAGGAUCUGUAAAAAUAAGACCCCCUCCUUUCUUUUCUUUCCCACGCAGAUCGUGUAUGAGGUGGUCACCGAUGGCUGGCUGACGUAUGUGGAAGGCGUCUGUGUCAUUUGGUUCACCAUUGAGGUGAUGCUGCGUGUCAUCUUCUGCCCCGACAAGGCAGAGUUCUUCCGCAGUGCCCUGAACAUCAUAGACUUUGUGGCCAUCGUGCCCUUUUACCUGGAGGUGGCGCUAAGCGGCCUCUCCUCCAAAACAGCCAAAGACGUGCUGAGUUUCCUGCGUGUGGUGCGCUUUGUACGUAUCCUGCGUAUUUUCAAGCUGACCCGCCACUUUGUUGGUUUACGGGUUCUUGGCCACACUCUGCGGGCUAGCACCAACGAGUUCUUGCUGCUCAUCAUCUUCUUGGCGCUGGGCGUCCUCAUCUUUGCUACCAUGAUCUAUUACGCAGAGCGCAUCGGUGCUGACCCUGAUGAUCCGACAGCGGCAGCCCACACAAACUUCAAGAACAUCCCCAUCGGCUUCUGGUGGGCUGUGGUGACCAUGACAACACUGGGCUAUGGGGACAUGUACCCUGAGACAUGGUCUGGAAUGCUGGUGGGUGCCCUCUGCGCCUUAGCUGGUGUGCUAACCAUCGCCAUGCCUGUGCCCGUCAUCGUCAACAACUUUGGCAUGUACUACUCUCUGGCCAUGGCCAAACAGAAGCUGCCUAAGAAGAGGAACAAGCACAUCCCCAGAGCGCCGCAGCCAGGCAGCCCGAACUACUGCAAGCCAGACGCCCUGGCCAUGGCGACUGCAUCACCGCACAGGCUGAUGGGCAAUGUGAUUGGGCCAGGCAUGGUGGGAUCUGGCAGCAUCAUGGGUACUGGGGACUGCCCGCUGGCACAGGAGGAGAUCAUUGAGAUCAACAGGGCAGGUGAGUGACUGAGGUCAAGCAUGUAUGCCAGACUUUAAGUGGGCCAAGUGUCCUGAUGUGAGGAAGGAAGAGUGGAGGAAAGAAAAGAACCUAACUUUUAAAUCUUUCCAAGCGGGGAAAAUAAACCUCAACUUCUGUCUUUCCUUUGGGGAGAAAAACCUGUGAUAGAGAUGUCUAAAUGUCUGUAAGUUUUCUCCCAUUUUUAAAGGGAUUUUUUACUCAAUAUUUUAGUCUAUCAUAAUCUUGAUUUAGUGUCAAAUGUCCAAUGUUAGAGCAAGGUGAAAUCUUAUUGUGGUCUCGGCUAUCACUCAAGAUUAAUGCCAUCCAAAUAAAAGUAAUAUAAAACAGGGAAAAAAACUGCCUAAACAGAACCUCUAUAAAUAAAAAUGGCUUUCCUUUUAAUUAAAUAAUUGUUUUCACUGCUAACACUAUUUAGUUUUUUUGUUUAUUUGUUUUAACAUAAAUGUGAAUUCUGAAAAUGUCCAAUAUUAGAGCAAAGGGAAAUCUUAUUUUGAUCUUGGCUAUCACUCAAGACUAACUGUUUACCCAAAUUCUAUCCAAUUUGGUAAAUUUGUAGUCAAGGAGUGGAUGAAGCUUAAUAAUGGCAUCUGGGGGCAUGGAAUCAUUGCUAGCAUUGUGUUUUCCUCUGUCAAAAAAAAGAAAACAUUUUGCUGAGAGUAAAAAAACACAUUUUUUCCUCUGGUUUAUUCCAAUUUACUCAGGCAUAAUGACAGAUACAACACUUCUGACACUUGGAACACAUUUUCUGAAGUCUCUAGAUGUCCAAGGACACCAAGAACAUGCAUAUCACCUUUAGUAAAGUGUAGUAAUUCCUCAUUUAAUUUUGGUAUGUCUUGUUGGGCAUUUUUUCCUGAAAAUAUGCUUAGGGCUUGAGAGGUUUAAUAACCAAAUAAAAGUGAUUUAAAACAGAAAAUAAGUGCUUAAACAGAACUACCAUUAAUAAAGACGGCUUUCAUUUUUAAUUAAAUAACUGGUUUAACUUUAACUUUUUUUUUUUAACAUAAGUGUGAAUUCUGAAAAAAAAAAAGAUCCAUGUUAAGUUUCUUUGAAUAAUUAUAAAAGUCAAUAAAGAGUGCUGACUUCAGAUUAAUGUACUUGAGUGCAGUUAUGCUCGAGCUGCGGUCCAAAUUAGCAUUUCUGAUCUAUUGCAUAAACAUGGACGUGGUUUUGGACGUGGUCUGGCCUGAUUAAAAAUGAUUUUCUGUUGUCAGACAUAUGUCAUCUCUGCAAUUUUACUUUGCAUCUUAAAAAGUUUCAAAUACUUAAGUUAAUCACUUUAGCCACCCCAACAAAUAUGAUUACUGUCCAAGUAUUUUAGUAUCUAUCUCACUGAUGACCGGGGGUUAGAUUUCUGAAAUUGUGAGGAGUGUGUAUCUGUUUUGAUGCUGUAAAUAACUUGACGAUGUCCUCAUUCUUUCGUGAGGGCAGAGCACGAGGGUUUUAAUAUACGAUGGGGAUGAGAAAGCUUAUUACUUUCCUGGGCAAAUCCAUCGUUCUUCUCUCACAGCCUGAUGCUGUACUGCCAAGGCUGACAUGUUAAGAUAAUCCUGGAUUGGCUGUAUGGAGAUAUACAGUAUUUUCUGCCUGUCUGAACAUUGAUUCAGGCCAUCUCAUCUUGUCUCUGCUCUGCUGCUGACAUGUCAAUCAUCUGCACUGAGUUAAGUGUGUGUGUCUGUGUCUACGCGUGUGUGCGGGCGCGUGACUGAUUGCAUUUGUAUUUGUGCUUUCUUGCUGCUUGUGGUAGAGUUGCAACGCAUGCUUUUUUUGCAGACUCAAAGGGUUUGCAAUUAUAAAUAGACUUGAGUUUGCUUUCCCACCACAGGGUUUGUUGGCAAGCUAACAUGUGAUCAGUCUUUCUGUGAGAGUGCCUAAAUUCCUGCUUUCAUGUGGAGCUUGACCAAUAAGAUACCGAUACCUUUAUUAGCAGUGGGAAUUACCAUCAGUAGAGAGUGCAGCCAAAUAGAGACUUUUAAACUGAAAUUUACCGAUGUGGAUAAUCUGCUUAGUUGCAAAAAUAACAGUUUCCAUACCUGCUUUUUUUUGAAUAACACAACAAAGGAAAAAACAAUUGAAAUAAAGUGAAUUUGAUAUUUUAUUAUUCUACUAACUUGCAUAGACAAUCUUAGUGUGCAUCACUAUUCCGAUUUGAUGCUGUGCUUUAUUUGCUGCAGACUUUUUAUGCCAAAAAAUGCACACAUUUGAAAUUCUACAACCUAGAUGUCUGUAUUAGUUCAACAGCACCUGCAAAUUUAAAGCUAGAUUAGCCCGCAGCCACAGAGAGAAACGUUGACUGUAACUGGUAAGUAUUUAAUCACAUCAGUUUAUGAAUGACAGGCGUGUUGAAAGCGACAUAAGCUACCCACUCGCACUAGUGUGCAUGUGUGAGUGUGCGUGUGUAGCUCACUACAUUCACCUCUUCCUUUGUUUAGGUCCCUCCAUUCAGCUCUGAGUGAUGCUGUGUGUUGGUACAUGAAGUGUGAGAGUGUGUGUGUGUGUGUGUGUGUGAGCUUUCUCUGCUGCAGUGUGUUGGUCAUGUGAUCAGGACAGCGAUCACGAGGCACUAAUGCUGCUUAACCCCCCCUCCCACCACCAUCACUACACCCCCCCUCCUCCUCCUCCUGCACCCACUUCUCUUACCCUGUCUUCCAUUAUUUUUUCCUUCCCUUACCUUUUUGAUUUUAUUUUUACUCUCCACUCGUUUUUUUUCUCUCACUGCUCCUCCGUCGUCUCACGUUCUUCGGCUUCUGUCUCUCAUCUCCAAAUCCCUUCUGCUUGUCCUCCUCUGACUCGCUCCUCACUACUCCUGGUCUUAUCUCCAUUUUCCAUUUUUAUCACUCUGAUGCUCUCAAACACUCUCUCUCUCUCUCUCUCUCUCUCUCUCUCUCCCUCUCUACCCCCCUGUCUCCACUCUUCCCCCAUUCGCCUACUCCUUUCCUCUGACCAUUAAUCUUCUUUUUCUUUACCUCUCUCCUCUUCACUCUCUCAACUCCCCCCAUCCUCCUUGUGUUGCCCCAUCUGCCCUCCUGCUUUUAUGGUUUCCUUUUUAUCCCUCCUCUUCUCCUCCACUUGUUUACUCCUUUUUUUCUUAUCAUCUCUUACUGAAAUCCUAAUUUUUCUUCCCCGUCUAAUCACUUCUUUAUUUUCUUUCGAUUCCUGUCUUAUCACUUUCUGGCCACACGUCCCCCAACACGUCUUUUCUUUUUAUGUUUCCUUUCCUCUUCCUCUCUUCUCUUCUCUCCUCUCUGUUGUUACCUUUUCUGUCUCCAAACCCUUCACCGAUGUUUUGCUUUCUUCUUCUCUUUCUUCCCCCACUUUUUUAUUACCUUAACCCUCUUACCUUCAACCUCGCUUUGACUCAUUUUGCUUUUCUUUACCUCCUUGCCACCUCAAAUCUACUCCUUGUCUUUCUGCUUCCUCCCCACUAGACUCCAAGCAGAAUGGAGAUGCAGCAGCCAACGCAGCAGCUUUGGCCAAUGAGGACUGCCCCACCAUUGACCAGGUCCUCGGGGACGAGCGUAGCCCAGCUACUGGGGGUCUUGGCUCUACUACCAGCCGUGAGCGCUACCCACACGACCGGGCCUGCUUCCUACUGAGCACCGGGGAGUUCCAGCGCACAACGGACGGAAACGUUCGGAAAGGUAGGAGGGUGGAGGGCGGGCGGUGGAGGAUUGAAGGGGGAGGAAGAGGAGGAGUGGGGGGAAGGCAGUACUGGAGUGACAGCAGUGGGCUGUCGCUUGAUGCAUGGUCCUGAUUGAUAUGUGCUGACAUGGUGUGUUGUGUGCAAAAACAUCAUAAAACAGUAAACCACACAUGUCCCAAACACACAGAGCAAAUAAAUCACAUGCAAACAAACAGGAGCUCACAAGUUCAAACACUAAACCCUAUGAGAAGCGAUUUUACCUGUGCUCAUGAAACCCUUCUGCACCUUUACACACACAUACACAGCAAACAUGAUUUAAAAAACAUGAAAAUCAGAAUAAUCUGAGUUUAUUUUCAACAAAAGAACUUGAGAACUUGCUAAAAAGUUAAAAUAAAACUCAGCAGCACUCACAAGAUUACAUUUCUCCCUCACUCCCCUCCAUUUUUGACUCAGCGUCACCAUAAACGUUCAACACGUCCAGCUUUCUCAUGCAGCACUAACAACGUAUCAAUGUCCACUGAAGGCAUUGAUAUAUGAUGGAAGGAUUUCUGUCAUUAACACCGUCGAAUUACAGCUGUAGUAGAGGAGGUCUCCUUCACGCAUCUAUCCCGCAUCUUUGCUGCAGAGGUACUGCAGAGGCUGACUGCUGCUGCAGCGCUGCCAUUUGAGCUAAUGUUAAAGCCACUGGAUUUAUCCCUCUGUAAAACACAAGUAUUCAUGACUGAUUUCUUUGUGAACCGCGGUCAAAGAAUGCUUCAUUUGCAUACUCCAGAUCACUCCUCAUUCAGGUGGGUCGACGAUCCUUCGUCAGCACUAAAUGCAGGAUAGCAUUCGUCCUCUGUGUGUGUGUGUGUUUUGUGUUUCUAUGGUUACCAUACAUAAACAUGUGUACACGUGGUUUCAUUUCAUAACACUUCCUCAUUGUGAUCACAGUGUUACCUGUCAUUUGUAUACAGAGAAUAUUGGUUGAAUUCUAUUAUUUUUGUGCUUUCAACAAAUCCCACGCAAAGACCGACUAUUAGCCUUAAUUAACUGGUUUAAGUUGAAUAAAUUACAUCAAUUAACAACUCCUUACAAGCACACAAGACUACUAUGCAUGAGACCUGCUCGGAUUAGUUUCCCUGCACUGGGUCAAUAAAGUUUGUUCUUCUUAACAAACUUUUUUAUCUACAGAGCUGUCCACCUGACUGCACAAGAUUAAUCUUGUUUUAAGUCUUAGGGAUUAUUUAAAAAAACAGCUGAUCAAUUGCUUGGUCUCAACAGGACCAAAUAGGGAACUUAUCGGUGCAUGUUAAUGUACAUUUUGUGCUUCAGCUAAACUUUUGUAGGGUCAAAACAAGCGGAAGCAAAAUGUCGAACACUGAUCAAUGAACUUAUACAUUUUUAAUGGAGCAGAUAGUGUCCCUAGAUCAGCCUCAUACAAAAAGCAGUAUCAAGAUAUUUGGAGAUGAGAGUAAUAAUACUUAAAAUACAACUUAAGUGUAACAGCAACAUGAUUUUUUUAAAAUCGUGAGUCCAUUUCUAAGAGUGUAAAGAGAGAUGUGUGCUGUGAACUCAUUUUAUGCCCAUUUUACUUUCUGAAGAUAACAAUGCAUCACCUCAUUUUUAAAACUAACACAUUCAAGUGGGCAGAAGUUCACAUCCUAUUUACACUGCAUGAGUAAUAGGUGUGAAAUAGUGACUGCGUUACAUAGAAAAUAACAAUAACACCAACACUGCAUGCCAGAACGGUUUGCCCUGUUUGGCUGAUAGGACCCUUUAAAUGCAACAAUUCAUGUUGGCUCUGUGAGUGCUUCAUUAUUACAAACUUAAUACCCCCAAAAAUGUUAAAUAAACCUGAACUGAAGUUUCUUAUCUUGCUGUAGAAAAUAUAGACCCACUAAUUUGGUUUACAUGCCUAACUUUGCUCUCAUGCCUGGUUUUUGGACCAUCAUUGUUGGUCUUUUCCUGGGAUUUGAUUGAUAAAAGGGUUUUAAAAAAUGAUACCACUAUCCUCAUGAUGUCCUGUACUAACAUAUUGUUAACUUUCCCUGUGACAUAUGGGUUAAUGGGUGUUUUAUUUUGAAAUGAAACCUGUAAUAAGUGGAUUUAUUAUUUUUUACAUCUGAUUUGAAACAAUCAGAUGAGAGUCACCUUGUCCUUUGUCUUCACUCCAGACUUCUUCACUGAUCUUUUCUUGUUUCCCUUUUAAUUCAAGUCCCUUUUCCUGAUUUAUCUGCUUUUUUUAUACUGCUUUUUUAAUCUCUCUCCCAUUUCUUUCCAUCAUCCUGCGUACUGCCACCAUGACCCACUAACUCUGACAUCAUUCAUUUUCUCCACAAAUAUAUCCCCCGUCUUGUCACAUGCAACAUUUCGUACACACCUCCUAUCUCUGCAUGCUAUUUCCUCUCAUUCCAACACACUCCAAAAUACACGCCCCGACAGAUGGCUUAAAGUCCGGCAGUGUGACUUCCUCUCUGGCGGAGGAGUGGUUCAGGGCUCUGAUACAGCAGGGUUAACUCUAACUCUUGGAUCAAAUCUCAAAGAGAGAAAAUGAAACUUUCGCACAGUUUCCCACAGUAAUUAAUAAAACCCCUAACCCUGCAAAUAUUAGAUUAAAAUAAGAUUGAAUUUUGAAGUUGUUACAUUAAGUUUGGACGAGCAUAGAAACAUUACUUGAAUAAAAAGGGGUUGGACUAAACAGGAGGACGUUAGGUUGAAGUAGGAGGAUUAAACAAGGUGAAAAUAGACGGCUUUGUCAUAAACUAGAGAAUAAAGGAUUGAAAUUAAAUUAAGAAAGUUUGAUUUGAUUGUAUCUGUCAAAACUAGAUUUUACCGUAUCAUGUUAUUAUAGCUUGCCAUGUUGUAUCUGCUUGAUUCUACGUGUUAAUAUGCAACAAUAUUUAAAGGACUAAUGCCAAAAAAAGGUUAGAACUUACCAGAGAAAAUAAAGACAACAUGACCAGGUCACACUGAACAGGUUUGUAAAUGUCUUACUUAGUGACUUUGAAGACUUCCUCACUACUUAACGUUACAUCCACAUUCUCACAUUCAUGUUCAUUCACAAGUCAGGGUUCAUGGUUUCUGACAUGAACUGGAGGAGUCUGGGAUAGAUCUUCUGAUGUGACGCCUCAUGACACAAAAACAAACACACAAUCGCAUCAAAUGACUCAACUUUUAUAUUAUCACAAUACACACGCACAUGCUCACACACACACACAGCUGAAUGCAUAGAAGUGCAUGCAGAGUGCUUGUUGUACAGCUUUUAAGUGUGGUUUCAGCAUCAUACAGUAAACAGUAAUGGUGUGCAGGGUGGGGAGACAUGCAUGGUUUGUGUGUGUGUUUGUAUGUGUGUGUAAUGCCCAUACACUACAAUUCAAUUUGUGUCCCAGAGGAUUUCUUUCAGUCAACCAUCAGGUCAGUUAUAAUAAGAUUUCUAAGUCUGUAAAGAUGAUUUACAGAAUCGAACACUCAGUAUGAUUGCUAUUCAUUGUACUACAGCUAUAUCACAUUACUUGAAGUGUUUUUAAAAAUGUAGUUUUACUAACAUGGUGUUGAUCAUACAUACAGUUAAACAAACAGGUUAGUUCUGCUGGAUGUGCUGCAGUACACCCCUUAGCUCAAAUACUGCAAAACUAAUAUCAUAUAUAUAUAUAUAUAUGUAGCUAUUCAUUUUAUUUCGGGGAAAGGAACAAUUUAAGAAAGAGUUGAGAGUGUUUUUAUGACAAUUAAGUUUUGGCUAUGUUAUAGAUUCGCACAAUCUAGGCUUAAAGAGUGUGUGUAUCGUAAAAUAAAAAGUGUAUUUUUCCAAAAUAACUUAUUACUUAGAAUUAAGAAUAAAAUGUCCAACAAAUCCAGAACUUAUUACACUUUUUCCUCAAAUUUCUGGUAUCAUUUUUAUAAGCAAACUGCAGUUACUGGGUCGUUAAUGCUUGUUUUAAUGUAAUAUCUUAAACACUCCCAAAUGAUCCAUUAUUCUCAAACCUAUUAUAUUAUAUUUUAUGUUUUUCAUAAUAUAAUGUAAUAUAAUAUAAUAUAAUAUUAUAUUAUAAAAAAUAUUAUAUUAUAUUAUAAAAAUAAUAGGUUUAUAUAAUAAUAAUAAUAAUAAUAAUAAUAGGUUUGAGAAUAAUGGACCAUUUGGGAGUGUUUAAUUAUAUUGUAUUAUAUUAUGAAAAAUCCUUAAGUUGCUCAGCUCUUACAAUGAUGAGACUGAAAUAAUGAAUUUUUUUUAGCACUUGUAUAUAUCUUAAUCAAGUACAUUUAUUUACACAAAGGGAGUUUUAUUAUUAGACUUUAUUAUGAUUUUAAAUAGAGAAGACAUAUUGUGAUCGCUGCAUUCUUUCUUUUUUGUUAGAUUAUCAGAUUUUUUUUUGAAUCGCCUCUAGAGAAACCAAAUUUGUGAUUAUUUACUUAAUGCAAAGGAGACAGCCGAUCACCCACACACAUCAUACAGUGUGAGUCUGCUGGUGUGAGACAUGAGUUUGUGUGUGUGAGGUGUGUGUUUGUGUGUGUGAGACAAAAUGCAUGCCUCUACUGCUUCUGAGUCUCGUAGUGCGAGAGAGCGAGUGAGGGGAAAAGCCCUCUGAAACACGGUAACAGCCUGGGUGAACAUAAAGGGCCUAAAAGGUUAAAGGUUAAAGUGCGGGUUUAUGUCUGAUGUGUGCUGUUGUUGUUGUUGUUGUUGUUGUUGUUGUUGUUAUUUUGUUGUGUUACUGUCUCCUUCUCCAGGUUGUGUCAGGUCAUACGUUUGUAUGUUGGCUCUUUUUUUUGUCUGUGUCACACUAUCCAUCUGUCUGUUUGUCUGUUUGUCUGUCUGUCUUUUUCUCUAUUUUUCUUUGUUUCUGUCUGUAUGUCUGUCCCGUGUCUGUGCGUGUCUGUGUCCUGUGUGUGUAGCUGUCUUCCCCUCCUCCUGCUCCUCCUCUUCCUCCUCCUUCUCUUCCUCUCACCCAGUCUCUUCUCACUCUGGUACUUACAGAUAGGAGGCACCAUGAAUUAAAUGCUCACCCCUCCCCUCUGACCUCCUUCACCUGUUGGGGGGCGGGGUCUAAAUGCCAGACUGCUUUUUGGGAGAGGGUGUCUGGUCCUUUUAUAAUUUGAUUAAAAAUAAACUGUUUUGAAACACUGAUUUAAAGGUGCAGCAUGAUAUUAUUAUUAUAUUUUUUAGAUCAAAUCAGAAAUAUUGGGGACUCGACAAAAAAAUUUGAGCUCUUUUGUACCAAAAUAUUGAGUGAAAAAUGAUAACACUGAAGUAAACAAAGGUGUAUAAUGUGGAUCCAAUGAAACAAUGUUCUUUUGGGAUGGAUGCCAGAGUGGAAGUGGCUGCUGCACACUGGCUGGCUCUUUGCCCCGCCACUGAGAGUGAGAGCUAGUUGCUGAUUGGUUAGUUGGAGGUCUUCCGCCGUCCUUUCCUCUGGAACUGAGCUCAGGUCGGUUUUCCAGCGCAGCCCACAGAGAUUACAGCUGUGUUUUGUAACAGACUCACCUCCAGCCGUUGUAUUAUAGCCUCAGCUCAUUGGAGCAACAAUUUUGUAUAUCUGAUUAAACAGGACUUUUUAAAAAGUCUCCAUUUCCAGCUUCUUUUGUAGCAGAGCGAUAUCUGACUUUCUGUCGGCUGCACUGAAACACCGACUACUGUAGUGCUUCGAAGGUUUGACGGCGAAUGUUCAUUUUGAAGCUCAUACAGGCAAGAUCCAAAAGUUAGAUUAGCAAAAAAAGGGAGACAGAAAGACAGACAAAACUCCAAUCCCAAAAAGACAAACGUGCAAACACGUUCAGGUGAGUAUAAAACGUCUUCGAAGGGCUGUGGUGAAAAGCACAGUGGUGGCACUAUUAGCUGUGCUGUGAUGGGCUCUCAGCCUUUUCUCUCUCUCUUCACUCUGAAAGCUUCAAAUCCACUAGAAACGCUAUUCCACGACCAGCUCUUGGGAAAAUGUUCACUCUAUGUUUCCCUUAAGUUGCCUUAAUACAUUUGUGAGUGCACAGGAGUCUAAAAAAAGACAUCUCAAGACUCUCAACAUAGACACAAGGCUAUAGCUCUUGACGUGCCACCACGGCUCUCUUCCAAUCUCUCUUAGGACAUCCCUCUUUCCUUCCUCCCUCCCCUCACGCUGACACUAUCACAGAUUGUGCUUGGAUGGAUAUCUCAAAGUAACUUCUUUAACUGUAAUCCUCCACCAUCAGAUCUGUGGUCGUGAUGGGUGGAAAGAACGAAACCUUGAGCUUUUUUAGAGGCAUUCAGAAAGGGCAGCAUCGCACUGUAGCACUCUUCUUUUUCUUCUUCUUCUUCCGCUUUUUUCCCAGCUCUCAUGCCUUUGUAUGCGCAAGCUCAAGGGCAGGGUGCAUGCGAGCUACCAAUGCUGUUUUCAAAGAGACUGAGCUAGGACAGCCAAAAAGGAAAAAGCUCUGUAUCAGUGUAGAAACUCUCCAACAUUCACUUUUGCAUCGUCCCUGCCCAGGAGAUUCCUGUUGGCUUGUAGCCUGGUCUUUGCUCUCUGUCAUGAAAUGGUUUGACCGUUUCACUCUAUCUAUCUAUCUAUCUAUCUAUCUAUCUAUCUAUCUAUCUGUCUAUCUGUCUAUCUGUCUAUCUGUCUAUCUAGUCUAUUACUCUUUUGUUGUGUUCUGUUAUACUUGUAUGUUCCGUUUAUCAGUCCCUUACUUUCCCAUCCUUUCAACAAAACCCCACACUCUCUAUCUCAUUCUCUCUCUCUCUCUCUACUUUUUCUCACUGCUUUAUCAUUAUCGCCCCACUGUUGCUACGGAAACAGUGGACAGAAGAAUUCUGGGACUUGGUGGAACCAAGUAUUCCGGCUUGAUUGCAUUAUUGAAUCGUAUUGAUACAGUAGGCUGCGUCUCACUGAGCAGUAAGUGAGGCAGAGGGACAACAACGACGACAUGGUGCGACAUAGGUAUGAAGCUAGUGAUCUGCACUGAUGCAAAAACCAACCUUUUUAUUUGUGAUUGGGGAUCCUGAAUCUUACAACAUAUGAAAAGGUUGUUUUAUAGCAUUAUAAGGUAAGAGGGACCUGAAUCGGAUUAUAGAUGCGAUGAACUCAUGUGGAAAACGUAAGCCGAGACAAUAAAUCAGUUGUUUUUGUAUACCUGCAUACAGAGAAAUCAGAGGAAAUGAAGGUUUAAGGCACUUCCAUAUUUUAACCAAGAGCUCAAAUCCAGGUUUCUUGAUUUACACGAAUUUUUGCACAAAAUUCUGCUACAAUAAAUUGAUUUCUAUAAUAUGAACACAGUGCAGCAGACAGAUCUAAGCAUAAAAAAAUAACACAAAUAUAAUUAUAAUUGAAGCCAGUGUUUGUUUUAUUUCAGACACUCUGAAAAUAUGGUGGACUUUUGGAGUAGGACCAAUCCCACUUUAGGAAUAAAGAGCUAAAGCCAAGGUUCUGCAAACCCAACGAAUCGUAUCUCCAGGAAAAUGAACAUAAAUUAAAAAAUACUUUUCAUAAUUAUUUUCAGUUUCGGUAACACUUUACAAUAACCAUAAAUUAUGAAUGGUAAAUAGACCAUUUAUGAAUGAUAAGCCAAUAUUUUAUUAAUGUUUAAUUAUCAUUUAAAAAUAGUGUAUAGACCAUUAAUAAAUUGUAAAUUUUACAAUUUAAAAAAAACUAACGCUAACCCCAAAUUUACAAUAACCAUCUAAGUAAUAUUUAUAGGAGGUUUAUAAACCACUUAUUAAUCAUUUACAAAGUAUUACAAACAUCAGUUGCAACUUUACAAUAACCAUCUAAGUACUGUUUAUAGAUAGUUCAAAAAACAAAUAUUAACCAUUUACAAAGUGCUACUGACACAUCUAGAUGUUUUACAACCAAUAUUUAAACCCUAUAUAAACCUUGAAUAAAUAGUCCAUUAAUAAUUGAUAAAAAUUAUUAAUCAUAAUUUCAUUGCUUGUUAAUGGUAAAGUAACUAUUCACUUACAUUAAUAAACUAUCUAGUUGCCGUUUAUAACUGGUCUAUAUGCUGUUUUUAAAUGAUGAUUAAACAUUAAUAAACUAUUCAUUUAGUAUUUAUAAAUGAUAUUUAUUGUAAAGUGUUCCUCAGUUUCUUGCAAAAUUAUUGCAAGGAGUUCCCAACAGUACUGCAUAUACAACCGAUGUCAACUACAAUCGGCAGGCUUUUACAGCAUAACAGUGUUAUAAUUAUGAUGUGAUAAAAAAGGUUGUUAGAAAAUGAUUACAGAUUUUAGUGUUGAACCAUAAACUGUUUAAAAAGUGGAUGUGGUCGUUUGGCUUGAGGAUGAAGCGCCUUGAAGCUGCUUCUUUUUAACGUUUUUUAAAUUUCAGCCGAUUUUUUUCCUCAGAUAAAAAUACAAAAGCCUCAAAUGUGAUGUAAAGUUGGUAUUUGUACUGCACGUUUCAGUAAGAAUAAGUAGGAAUCCUUUUGUCUGUUGACAAGGUUAUACACUGACAUGUUCAAACACACUGCUGCCCUUCGCUCAUGAGAAAGAAACCCACUUAAACUCUGUUUCUGUGACUCUUGGUCAAGGUUUGUCUCAGUGCAAAACAGGAUAAAUGAACGGUGCCGGCUAGAAUGCAGAGAGGAGCACACUACCUUCCUCUCUCCCUCUGAAAAGAAAAAAACUGCAGAGAGGUACAGUAAGUCUGAAGUGAAUGUUGUGGUGCAGUGCUGCUAGUGCCCCCGAAGGCCAAGACUGCACAUUACACCCCUCUAACUGCAUUACUUUCAAAGGCAGCAGACACACUCCGCAUUAUGAUACUGCACACGUCUAUCUCCCCUUUGGUUGAGAAACCUAAUCAGUGAGUGGGUGGAGGUCGAGAAAAAGGAAUGAAAUGUUGCAUUAAUCACUCACUUGCUUUGUACUUCAUGCUCUCUCUGACUGCUGUCUGAGCUCCUGUGUUUUUUUUUUUUUUUCCUUUCAUAAUUCUCCGUCUUCCUGUCUUUUCCUCCCGGUCUUCUUCCUCCUCCUCUUCCUCCUCCUCCUCCCUGUUCUCUGUAGAAAUAGUAUUGAUUCUUUUCAUUGACAGACAGACACCACUGGCAUGAACUGACUCUUGAGUCUUACUUGGAGGCUCAUUGGUGUAAUGAGAUAUGCUGCACCACAGCAGAGUGGAGAGCUCUGAUCUCUCUUUUAGUCUUUCACUAUCUCCCUCGAGGUCCAUCACAGUUUCACGCCACCUAAAAUAUUCUCUCUUUUCACUGGAAGUCAGUCUGUUUUUCUCUUAUUAACACAUAGCUGUUUUUCUUCUACUUCCCUUCUUUUCUGUAGCCAAUGACCAAUGGCCUUAUGGUCAGGAUUUCAUCAUUAUUGGUGGUCAGAAUCCCCAAAGGCCUACUGUGUUGCACCCACACUAUUUUAUUUCCUCCCUGCGUCUCCGGUGGUGUCAACAGCGAUAUCAUGUUGCCUCAGAAAGUGUAAACUGUUCAAUUAUGUGGAUUAUAUCCAGUUGACUUUUCAGAUUAUAUGUCAGUGUGUGCGGUCGUGUUUAACCUGAGAAUUGGAUUUCUCCUCCAUAAUUUCAUCCACGCUAUGGUGACAUACUAAACGUUGGACGUGCAAGUAGAUUGUGAGACUUAAAGGGGUAUUCCUGCGCAAAAUUAAUUUAGGGUCAAACACACCAUAACACUGAGUUAGACACCCCGUCGAGAGAUGAAUGUUGCCGACCGCUUGCUUCUCUAGUUAUACCAACUUUAGUAACGACCGCACGAUAGCAAAACACAGCAAUCCCAGGAGCCACACAUAAACCUCAACCAAAACGCCACUCUAUAGCCACAAAAAAUGCUCAGAACAGCACCUAACUUCAUCAACAGUACAUAUAGGGUCCUAGCCACAGCACUAGCCACCAAACAUCUUUUCAACUUUGCAUGAUUUCUUGAGCAAAGAGACUAAACACAACUCACCUACUCUCUUCAGCAGUUGCUUGUUUGUAGUGCGACCUCAGACCAGUCCAUCACCAACUACAGCGGGGUGUCGCAGCUCAAGGAAGAACAUUUAUGAUCAUUUCUUCAUGGAAAUGCAAUCAGACUAAGAUGCUAAGGCUGAAGAACUACUGCGUCUCAGUGCAAAAUGAUUAAGAUGAUGAUUAGUACUUCAAGGAAAUGAUAAAGAAAUGAUAAUUUUUGCUAUUGUGCGGUCGUUACUAAAGUUGGUAUAACUAGACAAGUAAGCAGUCGGCAACGUUCAUCUCUCGAUGGGGUGUCUAACUCUGUGUUACGGUGUGUUUGACCCUAACUUCAUUGUACGUCGGAAUAUCCCUUUCCGCUCUACAAACUUUCAUCACCCCUCAAACACUUCAGUGGUGUCUCAACUUUGCUGAGUCUUUUAUCCAGAAAGUAUCACCCUAAAAGCUUCAGUGAUUGUUAAAGUGUACAGGAUCAUUGGUGUAACCAUUGUCUUGUGCGCUUGCUUCAUCCUGCUCCUCUAACUAUUCUGCAUGUUCACCCGUCACCACAUAAUUUUCAGGUAAAGUCACCUGUAUUUUCUUGGUGUGUAUCCUCUUUGUCUCUCUGUCCUCUUCCUUUCUCUCUGCAGUGACACAUUAUCACAUACAUACAUGUUAUCUGAAUGUAUGUGUUUAAUUUUCAGCCUGCGAGUCAAUACAGUGGAAAAGUUGCAUGAUUUUACUGUGUCUUGAUUUGAUGCAAAUAUUAUUUCUUAACAAUCUCGAAUCCACAUGUGAUUUCUCCAGACCAAGGCAGUUAAGGACCUUUUCUGCAGUUGGCUGAAACACAUGUUGAUAUGUUUCUUUGCAUGUAGAUUGACUUUAAAAAUAAUAUUUGCCCCUGUUGUUCAAACUGUCUACUUUUCCUCCUCACCCUCAGACACUUUCCUUCCCCUCACUAUCCUUCUUCCUUCCCCACCUUCUUCAUUUUUUCACAUCUUCCUCUUUUCUCUACUUUCUAUUACAGUAAACAAUCAAUCAGUCAGUUUGAGAGUGCAAAAGAAAAUCUUCCCUGUCACAGCAAAUGUGACCAUGUAGAGUUUCUAUCAAGAGGUCUCCAAAAAUUAGAAAUAAUCUAACUCACAGCUCGAAAAUUACUCGAUAAAAAGAUCUUCAUAUGAGUUAGAGGAGUGAGGUUUACCAUGAAGCUGCUUUUUCAUAACCCAGCUUUUAUCACCUGGCCAGCUAAAGUGGUUACAGACGAACAGCCAGUACAUGCUCAUGAAAUCCCCAUAAUCCGAUUUUGUCUUUAUGAUGGCUGAUUUUACGAAGUUUGUCAAAAGCAGAAAUUAUGAGAGCUUUAAAAAUCUUAUUGUAGUUACAUACUCAGAAGCUGAAGCUGUAUAUUUAUUGUUUAUUUAUUCAAAGCAUUUUAAAGUAGAUCUAGGACACUAUUUAGCACAUACAGUAUUUCAAAGAAUCAGCUGAAACAGUAUAAAUGUACAGAUUGUCUCAGUAUUUCAAAUGCUUGUAUAUAAAUUAACAUCUUUAUUUUAUAAAAAAAAAAAACAUAGAUUGUUAUAUAUCAAGUUUCAUCACAUAAUUAGCCCAUUUCACCAAAUUUACUCUUACAUUAUUUAUUAUAACAAUCAUUAUCCCUCCCUUUUCCUUCCUCUACUCAUCUUUCCUCACCAGCUCUUGACCUUUCCUCCCUCCUUCCCUCUUUCCUUCCCUUAUGGUUCUACAUUUCAUUUUAACACUGGUGUAUCCAUUCCAUCCGUAGGCUAUCCGCCUCAGUCUCUCCCCCUUCGUUGUGUUACUAAAGUCUGACUGAGAGCAGGUAUGUACGAGUCACCAUCUCAGCACAGCUGCCAGACUCACUGCUACACUCUCAACACUCUCUUAUAGCUUCUUGCUUUUGCUUUAAAUUCAAUCUGAAAUAUUAAAUCAAUAUUUAAUAGUCAAGUUUUAAGUUUAAGACAAAAUCUGGUUCAAUCAAACUCAAAUCAAGCUUUCCUGGCUUAGUUGAAACAAGCUUUGAUAGGCUUAGCUUGAAGUUUAAACAACUAGCUAACCCUAUCCAUGUGGCUAAAGCUUGGUUUCUGACUUGAGCAUUGGCUUCUAAGGUGCAUUUGUAAUUUUCAUAGUUGAGAGACACUCUAACUUUCCAAAUAUGAUAUUCCUACAAAAAAGUAGAGGGCAGUUCAGUAAGUCUCUGAACAGUACAGUUUUUGUUUGGACAUGCAGGAUGAGCUAAACAUCAGGCUGAACCCUAAAGUGAUGUCUCCAGCUGAAGUCUGGAAAAGAAAUUUGUAUGUAAAGCAAAUUAUCAAGUCUCAUCCUUAACAGAUGAAAGGACACAUAUAAUUAUAAUGCCAGUUACACAUGUAAAACUCAAAUCUUAACAAACACUUUUGUCUUAUUUCCAGUAAAAGUGUCUCAUUGGGCUCAGUUUAAGCCCCGUUCACCUGAAAAGUCCUGAAAAUGUCUUAUUUUUAAGUAUCACACACCAAUAAAUACUUGAAUGGCUUUUAAUAUGUUAAAAAAAUCUACAAACACCAGCAAUAACAGCCUCAUGCAGUGAAAGAGAAAAUGUUUACAACUUCAGGAAGUUAAAUGCUAACUGUGAUGCGGUACUUGUGUUCACAGAGGAUGUUAAACUUUCUAUGUGAUCAUGACAAUAAUGUCACUUUUUAAAUGACCUUUAGACUUUGUUUAAUAUCAUCUAUAGAUGAUACUUGAACAUUUUUAUCUGAAGAAUUAGCAUUUAAAUUGGUGUGCAGCUGCGGCAUGCUGAACCUUGGCACAUAUGGGCUUUCUUUUUCUUUUUCUAGAUAUAUGUAACGAUCUUCAGACACAGUACCAGAAUUUUCUUUUUCCUUCUGUGGACAGUCUGCUCUUUCUGGCUAACUAAGAUGGUAUCACAUGUGUCACAAGUUUAGGCUCUACAGUAAACUUAAAAGAUUUGCUUUCUCCUUGUUUGGGUCAGCAUGAGAACAGAGUUUUGUCUCAAAGCUGAGGGUGGAGGUGCUGGAUGCUCUUCUUCACAGCAAGAAAGCAGGAAGAUACAAAUCGGGGCAGGUGGGCUCUGGAAUAAUGUUCACACACGCUGGGAUUUGUGAAUCAGAACUUCAAGCUGGACUGAUUACAGGCGGUGAAAUUAGGUGGGAUUGAAUUAGUGACAGGCAUCUCUAUCGAUAAUAUGGAAAGGAUUUAGUACGGAAAAAUACUUAAAAGACAAAAAUCAGCCUUUAAACCUUUAAAUUGAAUUAAUGUCAAAUUCUAUUUAAUUUAAGAAGUUUUUUUUUUAGAGAGAUGCUUGUUUUUGAUUUCCCGUUUAUUAGAUUUUUCUGGAUGUUUCAUGCGUUUAAGAUCCGCACAAACCACUUUAAUAGAAAUGAAAUGACUGAUUGAGGCUGCAAUGGACCUGCAACUCUCCUCUAAUGUGGGGUAAAAUUAGUAUUUUACUUGGAGGAGCAAAACUGUCUUUACGUGACACGGAUUACAACGUAAAAAAGAUAUAAUAUAAUUGGGUUUCUUUAAAUGGAAAUCCGUAGCUGAGGUUGCUUGACGCUGCAUGCUCUGCAGAAAUUUCCAUAUAGGCUCUCUCGUGCAGGCUUUGCAACUUCCAACAUGAAUUUAUUCAGGUUACCGGGCGGUAAAACCUUAGACUUAAUUUAACCCCUUAAAAUACGCAGAUGUUUAAAUGCUAAUCAAAAAUGUGUGUUUAACGUAGAUCAUAAAUGUUGAUGCACAUAAACUAGAUUAUGUGCAUCAGAUUUCAGAUCUUGGCAACCACAUCAGGGCGUACAAGUUUCUUUCAAUUCUGCUGAAGGUUGGAAACUGUAGGUUAUUGAUCCCAAUCAAUCUUUAUCUGCUGCAGCUGUUGUGUAUGAUGCAAAUGUGUGUGUGCGUGCUGGAAGGGAGGAGGGGGGAUAUGUGUGAGUGGGUCUGUGUGUCCCAAUCAACUAAGAGCCGCAAUGCUGCUGAUUUAUUCUUGUAGAUACAGGACUUGUUGUCGCGAACACAUCCAUUUAAACGGAGCAGAGUGUGUGCUGUUACACCGCAAACACACCGACAAAUUAUGCACACACGCCGCAUAAAGCACAUACAAACCACAUUAUCGGUCAUUUAUUUUACACUGAUAUCCCUGCAGUAAUAGCAGAGUGCAGUUGUGCAUUUACAGAGUAGCUACACACAGAGACACUUGCACAAGCUCAUUUACAGUGUAAUAAAUAGACAGGUUCUUACAACAUGAUGACCUGAAUCUGUCACUGUGGGUUCCAGUAUCCAGAAAGCCUCCCGAGGCAGAAAUUCUCAUUGGUCAAUUCAGCAAAAGCUCUGCAUGCUACUCGAUAUGGUCCACUCUUUAAUGCGUACAGUAUCCACUGAAAGGUGUCUGUGUCAAACUGGUAAUCUGAAGACUGUAUGAUGAUGAUAGCUUUGUUUGCACUGUGACUAUCAUGUCACUUACCACCAUUGUUUUCACUAUUUAACAUCAAACUCAUGAGCAGAUUGAGUAUCAGACCGAUGGAGUAAAAAUUUAUGCACAUAUGUUGAGCUUGGAGGAAAAAGGGAUUUCCUUUACCUGAGGAACCCAGAUUGGACAGAUGUGAUUCUGGUUUCCCAUCCCCCUGAGGCAAGGCUAGCCUCAGCAAUUCAUUUAAAUAGAGUUACACCAGUGGUUUUCAAAGUGUAAGGCGCGCCUCCCCUGGGGGGGCGCCAGAGCACAUCAGGGGAGGCGCGGGACGAGAAGAAAAAACAAUAAGCCGAAGACUAUUUAUGUCUAAGCUAGCUAGUUAACGUGAGGGGAAUGGAUAAAUUCAUAACACAUUCAGUAAAAGAUGUGCAACAAAACAGGAAGUAUGACAAUGAACCCCUCAAAAACGUCCCACAUCCCCUUAACAUCCAUCUACCCAUGUGAGUGCAGAUUUUCUGCAUCAACUAUGAAUAAAGUAGGCCAACCAGCCGUGGAUAAAGGUAAAGGAUAAUUUGCAUUCGUUCCUUUCCAAAGCACAUCGCUGCCAAAAUCACUUCUGAAAUUGUGUCCAAUAGUGUGUAUAAAUGAUGUUUUGAAAAAGAUUAGCAUUUAAAAAAUGUUUAAUAAGAUGUUAAAAUGAUGGUACACAUUUAAAUAUGUUUAAAAGAUGUUAUGAAGAGAUGGACAUGUUUAAAAUAUUCCAAACACGUUAACAGAAGAACAUGUAUGACACUGUUAAACAGAUUUAAUUCAUUUAUUUCAUGAGAUAAAAACAUGAACUCAUGUAUAUAUUUAAGGGGAGGGGGUCGCAGUUAUUUUUAUACUCUCUGGGGGAGGCCCACAGCCUCAGCCUUUGACAACCCCUGAGUUACACUAAUCCCCAGACGCUGUGCAUUCAGAAAAAGUCUGCCCAUAUUUGCCAAGGAUAAAUUUGUGCAGAUCGCAUCAUAUAGAAAGACACCCCUAACUAUGACUUGAUGUCCAGAAACCCUGGUACUGCUCUGCAGAUGUUUCACAACAGUCAACCAUCUCACUAAAGUGGCCAAAGUUUAUGAUACACAGAUAUGUGGAGAUGCAGAUGAGUGGACAGACUUUGGAGCUGCUUGCCCACUGAGCAUUUUUUGGUCUAAAAGAGCUCUAAGAGAUGUCUAAAUGAAGCCUAGAUGACAGGUCUAAAAAGGAAAGUUUUUUAGAUGUCUAAAUUUAGACCAAGUUUAGAUCAAGUUUACUACUCUGUAUAUUGCUCAAUGGCUAUCAUAAUUAUUUUGGUUAAGUUCUUGAAGAUCAGUUAUGCAACUCACAGCUGUUUUUUGAAAUAAAUAGUUAUCGAAUAAUGGGUUAAAGUGCAACGUCUAAAUGUCUUCUAAAAAUAUACAGAAUCUAGACGGUUUAAAUUAGGUUUAAAAAAAUAUUAGACAUCUAAUAGCUCAGUGAGUGUAGAGAGCUGUUUAUCUGCUGAGUGUAUCCUAAAGAUGCUAUAGUAAACAGACUAAAACCUAUCAUCUAUUUAGUGCUCUUUAUUCCAUACAGAAGGGGAACUUAGACCAGAGUUUGCAUGUUUUGAAGCAGCCAAAACUACGAUCAACAGACUGCAUGAAGAUAACCAACGGUGACUGUCCUGUGAUCAUGUUUUCUUACGCUGUGGCUACGCAUUAUUUCUUCAUUAAAGGAGCCCUGAACUCAGUUUGUGGUAUUUGUAACUGCUUGACAUUAGCAGUUAGCAUGCUAAUUAAGGCAUUUAGUGUGAAGUGCUGCUAUGACCCCAAAACAGUGCUGCUAGCAUGGCGGCAGCCUUAAAAUUUCAACCUGUUAAAAUGACAUGUUACGUUUGAGAGAAACACAGACCUGAGCCGACUUUUUGGGAGGGGUUUUGUCUUCUGUACGUUUUUCUGUCUGUCGGUCUUUCUGUCAGUCGCACUGACUGUUUCUCUUUCAGCUUGUGGUCCCUGCUGGUUAAAACACCUGGACUCUGAGACCAAAAUGUCCUGUUGUGGAUAGUUGUUUUCAAGGUUUAACGUACACACGAAGCAUUGUUUGAACUGUGCUCAGCUCCAGAUGAUUUAUCCACAUAAGUUUCUCUCUGAGUGUCCCAAAAAUUGUUUCGGUCGGGUUUGGUUUCUUGUUCCUGGACAAACCACGUCUGAUGUACUUUUGGGAAUCACAGAGAAGGAAGUCCAGUGGAUGCACAGGUAAAAAUCCUGGAAAGUUUAUUCAGAUCAUCCGGAUUUGUGUUCAUCCACUGGACGAGUGCAUCCCCCCUUCUCCCUUACAUAGUCCAUGUGAGUGCUGAACAGUGCCACCCCUAGGUGUCUAGGGCUAUUGAGGCAACUAACAGCUUAUUUUCAUAACCAAUAUUCCUGUUUUGUCCUGUCUCUGUUUGUCUGUCUGUCUAUCCGUUUGUCCCUCUGUCCAUCUGUCCGUCUGUUUUUUCCUCUUUUGGUCUAAAAUAUUUUACUUUGGGCUGGUUUUGUUUUGAGUUCUUUAUCUUUUUCGACUUUGUUUCAUUUACAAAUGCUUGUAACUGUAACAAAUGGUUUAUAUUUGCUAUUUCUGAUGUGCAAUGCUAUCAUAACAUAACAUAACAUAAAUGAAUCCAUCAUCUCCAUUCAUUGACACACAUUACCUACCUUUGAACUCUUAUCUUUUACAAAACCGUUCCUGCUGACUGUUUCGUUUGCUUCUAUAAAUGACCCUUCAUGACCUCUCUCUCUCUCUCUAAUCUCUGCUUACCUGUGCUUGUCAUCCUCAUGUAGCCACGGGUUACGAGAAGUCGCGCAGUCUCAAUAAUAUCUCUGGGAUGACAGGCGCCCCGUUGCGCCUCACCCCAAUCACCAACUCCACCUUCGAACCCUUCGAGCCACCAGGACUCAGGCGAUGCCACUCCCCCAUUCCCUCCAUCUUGUAGCAUAGCUGACAGCAGAACAGAACAAAAAUCAACAACAACAACAAAAUAUAUUUUCUCUUUUUUUAUUUCCCAGGGUUCGCGCAUAAGAAAAAACGUCAAACACGAAAGGAGGGUCUCAUGGUCAUCUGAUUCGCCCUAGCUGCUCUUACACCAUCUUUACUCAAAGAAACUACAAUAACAAAUCAAGAGUUAAUCUAGGCACCUGUUUUAAAAUCACUUAAUAUCCAACUCUUACGUAUGAAGCUGAGAAAGAUGCUUAAGCAAAUGUAUUUUAAAAAUACACACACACAUUCUUAAGAUCCCGCCUCGCUAACAGGGAUAGUCUACUUUAGUUUAGACUGAUAUAAUAGUUGAGUUAGAUUACCCCUAGCUUUUCCCCGUGCUACUUCUUGCCUGUAUCUCAACUGCACUUGCACUUCGAUACUUAAGACUGAUACUUAAGAGUAGCUCUAAAUAGACUUUUAUAAUAUUAAGACUCAGAAUGCCUACUUUCACAUCGACAUAGACACUAACAUAAUGCUGCAGCAUGCAUGUUUUUAUCAAGAGGAUUUCCAGAAUAAUAAAACACAUACAUUAAAUGUUUGAAAAGAUAGAAAAAAGACAUUUUUGUACACUUAAAGCAUAUCUUUGAAAAGAAAAUAUCCCAAAGCGUAGCACCUUUGCACCUUCCAAAAAAAGCUGUCUAGGCAGUAGAUGUUCUGUUCUUUGUGUUCCAUUUAUAUGAUACAAAAUCCAGUAUACACAUGUGCAAACUUGCAUACAUGCAUAGUUGAUCACAUAGAUGGUUCUCUGCGCAUCCCUUUAAUAGGACGAGGUCCACACGAUUCUACCUUUCCUCGCAUUAACAGCAUCCGCUCUUCUUCUUCCUGCUGCUUCCUCUUCUCAGGCUUCAAACUCAAAAUGCUAAAUUUGAACUAAACAACUUUCACAUCACGAAAUGCAGGAGGACUGAAUGAAAAUCUAUUUUUCAUACCUUGGACAGCAGGGGAAAGUGCUGUAAAAAAAAGCCAUAAUGUCUUUGUGAGCUUGAGGUGGAAAACAUGUGUCAGUGAUUCGCCUCCUAUCUAAAUCUAUCUCACAUAGAUGAUGUCCAAUUUUGAGGAAGCCAGCAAGAGAAAUUAAGACCUUAUAGGUACUUCCAUACACAUAACAAACAUUUAAAUCUGAAAUGUUAAACUCUCCUCUAAGAUACUGAGCAAAAUGAAAGUAGCCGAGGUUUUAAGAAGGUUAUUCCAUUAUUAGAAAAUAGACUUUUUCUUUUGUUAAACAUUUCAGAUGAGACUCUGAAAAAGCACUUUUUUGUUGGAUUGUUAUGAAUCAAAUUGUUUCAUCGGAAAAUUUAACCAUCCAAACUUUUUUCCCCCAUACUCUUCAAUCUUCAACAAACUUGUUCUGGACUCAAAAUUCUGAUUUUUGACUUUCACACUUUGCCAAAAUUUACAUAUGCCCAUCAUUUUUAUUCAGAGGUGUUUAUCAUUACAGUGCAAAAUUAACCUGGACAAUCAAAAGUCCAUAGUGUUGGAUUAUUAUACGGGGAUUGGGUCCUUGUUGUUUGUUUUGUCCAAGAUCGGUUAAACGAGAUCAUGGGGUGCCAAUGAAUUAAGGUCGUCCUCGAUCUGCUGUCACUUAACCUACAUGAAAAAAGAACAGAAACUCAGUUUAGAUGAACACUAAUACCAACCUUUAGCCUCAACCUCACUGAGACCUCCUGAUGUCUUCAUCAUAACUGAAGGAGUCCCACCUUAUUUCGACCUCAACACUUCACUCCUCCAACACGGUUCCUUAUCAGCGCUGAAAAGUUGACAAACAGGGAUGAUCAGUCCUUUUUUCUAUUGCCAUGCUUUUUUCCCAUCAUCAAAUCAAUAUUUAAAGGAGCUUUACAAAUGAAGACGACUUGUUUUAUUUUAAUUUUUUCAAGUGAGAUGAGAAGAUGCCACUCUCCUGCCGGCGCACCAAGCAUUAGGAUGGAUAGAUUCAGGUGAGGUUGGCUAGGCUUUACAUGAAGACUGGAAGCAGAGUGAAGCAGCAUCCAGUCUUGUCGUGGCUGAAAAAGCUCUUUUAAGUAUAUGUAUUUUUUUUAAGUUGGAGUGUAACACACUAACUGGCCGAUUCUCAGUCCUAACUUGUCAAACACAGCAAAACUCAAAGUGGUUUUAAAGUGCGAGGCAUUACAAAUCCCCCUGUUACCACAUGUGAGAGGUGCAUCACCGUUUUUUUCCACACAAAAAGACCGGUGAUUGAAUUUGACAAGUUGGGAAUGAGAAGAUUUGUAUGACUCCACACUCUUGAGCUUUCAGUCCUUAUGCAAAGCUAGACAAACCACAUCUUGAACCAACUUUGUGCUCAAUACGUUGGCUGGAAGCUUCAUCUUCAAACAUUGUUACAGCAAAUUCGAGUAAAUGGACGUGUUUCUAAAAUCGCUGAACUCUUCCUUUAAGGUGUCUCCUCCUCCUUUAAGAGUGAUCGCCUCUCUGUUUAACUUGAGAAGUUUGCAUCAUAGCUCAGCCUGAGUGUGAAAGCGUGGUUUUCUCUCAAGUCUGAGCCCAUCCUUCAUCAUCACCAUCACCAUCACCACCAACAGCAGAGUUACUACUUUUGCACUGAAUCCAGUGUGACUCAGCGGCCAAUGGCAAUAUUUUUAGUUUUCUCCCUUUUUGGCUUCUCUUUCUUUCCCUUCUUUUUGCCCCUCUUGAACUCCCUCCCCCCACCAUCCCCCUCCUCCUCUUCUGUCCGUCCAUCUCUUCUUUGUUUCGGCUACGGCUGUGCAGUAGGAGGCCCCAUGAAUGGCUACUGGAGUGACAGCCCGUGGUAGAAGAAGAGUGGACGACAAACACCAAAAGGGAGGAAGAAGAGAGAGAACAUGCACCAGACAGCUUACAAAAAAAAACCUAGAAAUAUGCAAUGUAGAUAAAUGGGACAGCAGAGUUCAGACCUGUGUGUUUCUGUUAUGAUGCAUCUGCAGCACAUGUGACGAGUGUGCACCUAAGUAUUGUGUGUCUAUGUGUAUGUGUGUGUUUCUGGAUCUGCAUCUACCUUUGGACUAAGAUGCAAAAAUGUCAACUGGGAAAAUUUUUGUUUGUUUGUUUCUUAGAAAAGGAAAAAAUAUUUCUUUUUUUAUUUUUCUUCAUGUUAUAUAAUAUCACUUAAUAAUGAUGUCAUCCUUUGGUUAGUGAGCGUCCUUUAUUUAUUUAUUUUUUUAUUUAUUAUCGUAAUAUAAAUGUUGUUUUCUAUGUUUAAAAAUUGAAAUUUCCUGCUAUUGCGGCAAUGUCACUUGACAUUGUCGCACUAGCCCUUUAAUUCAGACGGUAAUCAUCUGUUUUCUGGUUAAAUUAUUCCACUCUCACCUUCCUCUCCUCCCUGGAAGUGAAAGUCACAGACAGAGAGCUUUCAUUUACAAGAGAUUCACAUCAUUUUGCAAUUUAGUGAACAUCAACUUGAUUUACACGAAUAUCCUUCAAGGUGCAGAGCCAGAUUUUAAGUAUAAAUAAGGCAUUUGAGGAAAAAAACAAAACCGACUUUAACAGUCCCCUCUAAAAUUCUUGUUUCGGAGCUCUGAAAGUCUAAUCUGUCUGUUACUUUUUCACAUUCAGGCUGCAACACUGGAAGGUGAGAGCACCAAAUGUAUAAAAACACUUUCAUGACUUUCAAGUCGGUCACUUCUUUGCUGAGAGUAAGAUGAGAAAAUGUAUCAGAUCAUUGUCUAUGCAGGAUAUUUGACAAAAAGCCAGAGAGCAAAUGAAAAGAAGUUACACCAACACCUCUAAGGUUUGGUAGUUUUUACCUUCAAAAUCUUCUACAUCCGUAAAUGUGUGAUUCAAACAAAAUCGACAUACUUUCUAUAAUCUUUUUUGGUGCAAAUUAGAUGAAACAUAAGAGAUGGAUUUGGUCAUCUGUGUCUCUGCCUGUGUGCUAGGUUAGCAAAGUGCAUCUCAAUUUUAAAACACUGGUGUAAUGAAAUAAUGUGCUUAAUUUGGCUGACAGAAAAACCCCUCAGGAAUCAAAACAGAGUAUCUGAGUGCGCUCCAGGGGAGUAUUUGGUUUGUAAUGUAUUUAAAUGAUCAAUAAUAGAGAGCUAAAGUCCUUAAUAAGACACUGCUUUUAGUCUGUUGCAGGUAAAAGAAAGAGCGAUUGAGUCCAUAAAUGUUUAGGACUUUUUAAGUAAUAAUUGAGUGACUCAGUCGUCUCUGCUUGGUGUGGCCCAUCUACUUCUUAUGCACAGUGUGUAGAUGCAGCACCAUCAUCGGCACAUGGAGGAGAUGGUGCUGCACCAAUCUUUGGCUCUUCACUGCACAGGCUGGUGAUUUAUACUGACGUCUCAUCUCACUCUCAAAGAAGAUACGAAUACUCUUUUUGUCUGUUUUGAUGUGAGACAUGCAGGUCUCCCUGUUUCACGUCUUGCUUGAGUUGGGCAUGAGACGUCCAACUUAAUUGUGACUCGUGUGUGUGUGUGUGUAAUUCGAGGAUUAUGAGGUUUUAAAUUCUGACUUUGUUUAUUUUGUAUCCCGAACGCGCAUCAGACAAACACACAGACACACACACAAAGAUUGAACACUCUCCUCUAAACCUGUCUGAUGUUUCCUACCAUAUCAUCCUCUGCCUUUCCUCUCCUCACUCCUCCAUGUCCACCGGUUUAUCGUGUGUCUGUCACUUUCCUCCAGGCCUCUAGGGGCCGCUGUCCUGUGUCAUGAUGAUGUAAAUAUGUAAAGUUUGUGUUUUAGAAGAAUCUGCAUGGGGAUUCCAUCGCAAGCAAUAAUGAUACUGAUAUGACUAGUAAUGUGAGGAGAUUUGAUAAGAUUUUAGUCUUGAGCUUAACAAAUGUGUACAUAACAUUUAGAUUACUAAGAGUGUGUAUGAAUGUGUUUUAAAAUGCAUACAUAUGCACUAACAAAGCAUGCAGGACAAAGAGCUUAACCUCUGUGAAUGCAAGAGGUGAGAUGGGCUGAAUUUUGCAUGCUACAAUGCUAUGAUGCUAUUGGUCGAAAGAGACCAAAGUAGGUACUGUAACAGGGCUGGGUGGGGGUGGGAAAGUUUAUUUUUGCAGGUGGGGUAGGGGUUUAGUUUUAGUAGGUCUUGUAUAGCUGCUUUCUUAUUGAUCUUGAGAGACUUAUGAUAAGAGAAACUUAUUAACCAUUGUAGCUUAUGGUUUUUUCUUCUUUGUUUUGCUUCUCUUUUCACAGAGAAUUGUUCUGAAAGCCCUGCGCUUAUCAGAUAUAUGCAAAAAGAAGCAGUAACUGUGAACUAAUGCUUAAAAAAAAAUCCAGCUGCUUCCAUCAUUGUUUCAACUCUUCUUCAAGAGAGAAGAGAGGCCCCCUCUUCUCCCAAGAUACCUCCUUACCAAAAUUUCCCAAUCCAUCAUUUCAUGUAUCUGCUUCCUCAUUGUCUGUUUUAUCCAUGUCAUGUUACAUUCCUUCAUGUUUCGUCCUUCGCUCUACUCUUGAUUUUUGACAUUCGGAGGAAGGAUGCUCCUGCAGUGAGAUAGCGCAGUGAUUCAAUGCAACUUCCACAGAGUAUAAGCAGGCCAAAGCCAUCCUAACCCAGCUGACUGUGUAAGUUUGAUCAAACUUCGAUUGGGCUCUAAUUUGUUUUAAAUAAUCACCGUGGAGUUAAACGCAGUAUUUGCCUUUACAGUAGCUUGAAGAGCACUUUCGAAGAACUUUUUGCGGUCAGGAUGGAUGCGUUCGGCUGUCCUGAGGCCGUCACACCAUCCUCCAAAAGAACCCAAAAGUUUUGCAGAAUUAUGCGGUGAAUUAUACUGAACAAAUUCAAAAUAAAUCAGAUCAUCAAGCUAGAAUCACGAUGAAGUUGCACUGACAUCUUUGUCCAGACAAAUCACAGUUUUAAAUCCAAAUCAAGGCGUCAUCCUCUCAACCUCCUUUCCGUGUUGCCAAAGUUUUAUUUCCCCUUUUCAUCUGUUCACAACUCAGGUAUCUCUUUUUCAUUCUCUCCAGUUCACCCAUAUCUCCUCAAAGAUGUACUGUAUGUCUGCAAAAGGCAGGGAAAGAAAAAAAAACAUGAGCCUUUCCACACUCCUGUACUGUUUGUACUGUUGCUUUGUACUUCCAAAAAUGCAGUUUCUUUUUCCUCGUCCAAAUGUGCUUUCUGUCUUCUCCUCGUGCAGUCCCCAUGUCUUUUCACCCUUUUGCUCAAGAGCACGCUUUCUGUGUAAAUUUAUACCCCCGGCACACCAUCCCCCCCCCCACUCCUGAUGACUCUCAUAAAGAAAAAAAAAAAAGAAAAAAAAGGGGGAAUUGAGCACCUUCGCAGAUUUGAAAAAACACUGGAUUUCACCAGGAAGAAGACAGGAAUGAACUUUUUAAUGAAUGAAAAAAGACUGUAGCUUGCGGGUUGGGGGUGGGAGGACAGAAAUGUGGUGUGAAAUGAGUUUUCUGAGUGGACUGUCAGCUGAGCUGCGUCAGAGGGAGGAGUGGAGGAGGAGGAGGAGGAGGAGAAGUUUGGGGAAGACAGAAAAGUGUGGUGAUGAUGUGGAGGAGGAAAGAAAGAAGCGAAAUCACUUCUCCAUGUAAGAAUGUGUACCUCUCUGUUGUUCCCUGUGCACUGUUUUUGCUCCUUGUGUUGUGUUCCUUCACCUCCGUGUGGUUCUGUGUUGGUGUGACAUUUUGUUUUAUGUUUUGUGUUGUUUUCUUUUUUUGUGUGUUGCACUCUAGUUUCUUAAUUUUUUUUCUUUGCGUAAAUACCACACCUGGGUCAAACAGUCUUCACCAACACUGCGUCUUGUUUAAUCCCACACAGUUGCAGAAGAAUCAUAGUUUGUCAUUUUAGGCAAACGCCAACAGCACCAGAGUGAAAGAAACUAGAAAGAAGAAAUGAAUAAUGUGACAAACCCCUCCUCUGUGAGGGAAGUGGGAUGAAACAAAAAAAGAAAAAGAAAAAAAAAAUGUUGAUAUUUGGCCAAGGUCUGGUCUGUAAAUGAAGUGUCAGCUGAGAUUCUCAAUCUCUCGGUCUGGAUUUCAGCCCAGUCCUGGUUGGCUGCAGUCCUUUGUUUAACCUCUUGACUUCCUCUGAUUACAGUUUUGUUUGUGACCUUUUUGUCUCUUGGUCUCAUCAGCUUCUUUAUUAGCGUCCAAAGAUUUGUUAGAUCAGGGGACUGAGCAGCCCUCCAAGGACUUCAGCAGAAUGUGUUUCUGUGUGUGCGUGUGCGUACGUGUGUUUCUACGUGUGUGUGUGUGUGAGAAAUGUUCGCGUGCCACUUUGAGCUCUGUGUUCUCGGUGUCUUUGCAUGUCGGCUGUGCCCGGAGAGAUUUAUAGUGAUGUGCUUUUUUUUGUGCUUCAGUGAUGUGUUUGGCUUUUCAUUUCCUCGCUGUUUUGUAAACUUUAAUUGUUAAUUACUGAGAAGAAAAAAACACUUAUUAGAAACACUCAGUCUGCCAUUGUAGAAAUCUCAAAUUCAACUUUGUUCCAGCUGGUUUAGAAAGUUUUAUUUAUACAAAUCAAGAAAAAGAGGUUUCUACAAUGGCUCAUACUAAGAACAUAGCCUCUUUGCCAACAGCAUCUUUGGGAUUAGAUAUGUGCAGAAACCAAAAAGUCAAUUGAUAAUCAAUCCUGAACAUAACCAAACAACCUCAGCUGAAAUAUUUGUCAAACCAAGACACCAAAUAGUAAAAUCUGAUUUAUGUUGUUUUGUUAAACUCCUAACAAAAGAAAAAAUUCCCUCUAUUGUGCCUCGGAGUAGAAAAUGAUUUUACAGCCUCGUGAUGCUUUUGGGAAACCGGCAGUUUUAUUACAAAGUUCCACACUGGACCUCAUAAAUAUGCAAAUUUGAGUCCAGAUGUGGAAACGAAGAUGAAAACAAUUAGAAAAAAGUUUUAUUUUGUAUGUAAUGGUGGGUAAAAUAAGCGUGUUAGAGGAUGAUUCAGGUUUGCUCAUUUGUUUCUAUACAUGAAAAAGUUUCCAACCCAGAGCCAGAAAAUCCAGACUGGGCUGCAUCAGCCAAUGAGAGCGUGAAGGUCAAAAUGAAAACCCUUUCUCAGCGAAUAAAACUGAAAAUCACAAAGACUUAAGUCAUUUAUUAAGAAUAACAGGUGCUGAGUUUUGAGUGUAGGUGGCCUAUUUAUUUAUUUAUUUUUAACAAAGUUGACCAUGAAGGAUCUAUCCAAACGCUCACCUAACUGAUAUAAGUAUUUUUACUCCCUGUUAUUUUUGUCCUUUUUAUUUACACCCUUAUUAUUACUGAGCAGCGUCCAUCAAGUAUCAGUUGAGAUCAAGAUUCAGUCAAACUUUAGACCUUCAGUAGAUCCAGAUUUACUAUUAAAUACAGAUCUUUGACAGUUCCAGGCUUAUUCUAGGUUUGGAGACUGAACUCAUGAGGUGUCGGUGAAAGGGCUCUCACGUGAACAGCUGGUGCAUCCCACUCAGGGACUUUUUUUCUGAGCAGUUUCAGUUUGAGAAGAAGGAAAACUUAAUUUACCCACCAGUGCUUUUCCACCCGAUUGGCCAGAAUAUACACCAGACCUUGCUGUUAUGAAAUCCACAUUAAAAACAAAGAAAUUAUUGGUCUCAAUUAUCCGUUGCCUCAACCUACCACCAUGGAACUUUAUAUAGUUGUUAAACUUCUGCUUUGCAAGAUCAGCUUGGAUGCGUGGUCUGGUGUAUAAAAGGCCAAGAGUCAUUACCUUGUUCCAGGUCCUCACUAAACUCUCUUCUCUUUUUCCCUUUCAGUGCUUAGUUUCUAAUCUCCCCUUUCCUUACAAGAUGAGGGAAACAAUAGACUUUAAACCACUGCUCCUCCAUCUCCCCCUGAUGGGAUUCACUGUACAAAAUGGGAGGGAGAUAGAGAGAAAAGAGAAAGAAAGAAUCUGAUAGAAAUUAUCACCGCUGCUGACGCGCUGACCUGGACAUUUCAUCAUCUGUGCGACUCAUUCAUAUGCAACCUCUCUGAGGAUCUUGGCGAGGAAAAAAGGCCGCUCGUGGGUUGAUUUCCAGAGCAGUUCGCAGCAUGGAUGUACCCAGUGUAGCAGCCGUAGGGCCCACGACUGACUCGGAUUUGGAAACCACACAACAAAAUUCCAUCUGUGUCUAUGAUCACCAAGUAGUCAAGAUUGUUUUUUUUUUCUUUUUCGUUUUAAGAGGCUGCAUUUACAACUGUGGAUUACCCGAGUAUAAUCCGUUAUUUUGGCGCUCAAAGCACUAUGCAAGGUGAGGAGUGGUCCAUUGUGAUGUCUUACAGCUCCAGCAGAGCGUGGUCCAGUGACGCCAUAAGGCUAUGCAGACUGGAUUCGCCUGGUAAUCUCUGCUGAGCUACAGGACCUCUAACUGCAGGCUGAAAUCUACUCAUACAUAUCAGAACACAUUAGCCAUAUCACGUGUAUAUUUGACAUGAUUCUGUCUAUUUGAUAUCAUCUGGAUCUCCCGGGAGACAAUUGACAGCUUGAGACUUCAAGUUGAGCUGAUUGCUUUGACUAUGGAGAUUUUAGCGAGUGUCAAACGGUCGGUGGAUCCACUCCCUGUUGGAAACGAACUCAAGGAUAGGCAUAACUGUUGGGCUACACGGAAAUCCCUCAGAGACAAAGAACUGUCACAAACACCUGCUAAAAAAAGGAUGAGUCCCUGAAAAUGAAGACGGCUAUCUCUCUUUCUCACUCUCUCCUUCCCUCUUGGGUCUUAAUAGUAUCUUGACCCAUCCUUUCCUGCAUCUCAGCAUUGCUGCUGCUCCUCCUCUUUAGCAAACUGCAUGGCAUGAAUGAAACCAAUUAGAGCCAGAAGCAAGACAGUCAAAGCCACAUUGGUUGGAAGGAGAAGGAAGAGAGAAUGGAAGGAGUCCAUGAGAAAGCGGGAGAAAGACCCGCACUUUUUUUCCUCCGAGCAAUUUCAAUGCAAAGUCACCGCCAUCAUUUAAGCUACUUUUUACCCCCCCAACUGUCUGCUGAUGUGUGUGAAACAGCAUCCUGCAGCAAACUGCUUUCUUGAGAGGCAUAAUGGAUGGAUAAGGGAGCUGCCCUCCUAAAGGAAAAGGGGGAGGGUGGCUUCUGCGGACCACCAAACUCGCUGACCUCUGGGUUUGUUGAGCAAGAAGAAAAAAGGCUUUUUAAGAGAGCAGGGAUUCAGCAUGAGGAGAUGGGAGAACAUCUUUGAGAAACUACACCAGGGACGAAAAUGGCAAUGAUUUCUAAUUAGAAAUGCAUUUUUACGACAUUGUUUACCAGCAUGAAUAUUUUGCAUGACUUCUGCAAGCCAUUCUGAUCCCCACCAUGAAUAACAGGGCUAGUAAUUGAGAUUUUAAGCAUAAAAUGAAACAAAAAAUUAUGUUAUAUGCAAUAAAUAAAAAAGAAAAAAAACGUGACAUGGUGUUUUAAAAAAAUGUUUUUAAAGACAAACCCAAACGAUGAAGAAAAAAGGGGUGCAACAUCUACCCUAGUUUGUUUUCUUUAAGGAACCUUCGAAGAUCCCCCAGCCCCAUAAAAACCAAGAGGACUUAUCCCAACUACUGCAAGUAUUUAUCCUGCUACAAGUUCAUCUACUCCUACUACUUCUCACCUGGCUGAUACUCUGCUUCUUCCUCCUCUUCUUCUCUUUCUUCUUCCUCUUGUAGCCUUUUUAUCAGAACCCUUGUAUGUAUCUCUCUCUCCAACGGCAGCUGUUUGUCUCUGUCAUUUUCUGAACCCAGAACUUUUGAGAUCAUUAUGAACUAAACUGUGCUGUCAACUUUUCGUUGUCCAUGUCUUGAAGAUCUCUGUCGAUCCUCCUCUGAAACUUUUUCUCCACUCCUGUAUUUAGCGGCAGCACCUUACUUGAGGUUAGAAUGAACAUGAAAUGUGGGAAAUUGUACAAGUGAAGUUAUUGUAACCGUACGCUAUCCCAGGAGAGUCAGGGAUGUACUUUUAGGGGGGAAAAGGGUGGCUGCCUCUUCGUCCAAGGCUGUUUAUUUUUUUUAUUUUUAAGAAAUGGUUGGGCCAAGCAGGGAUCAACACAGAACCAUUUUAAAAAUAUCAGAAAACCACAAAACUGUGUUAAGAUGUAUAUACUUUUGCAGACGAGUGAAAUCGCGACUGUGAAAAUGUAGUUUGGUGAAAAGAUCGGAUGAAGAAUUCAAUAAAUGUUAAGUGGAGUGAUAAAGAGGUCAAACAGGGUAUGUUUACUCUCAGAUGGGUUGACUCUGCUUCCACAUGCGAGUGAUUUCCCUCGUGAAGAAGACAGAACAGGGUGUUUAAAUUCAGGAUCCGUGGAGAAGAGGCAGCCAUCUUUACUCGAUGUGCUCAAACAUUAUUGGCCCAGCUCCCUUAUUACCAGAAACAGCAGAGGGAGGUGGGAAAAUAUCCACCUCUAGACUUUGUAUGGACAGAAAAAUAUAACAGCAGACGGGUGAAAAGUGAAAUCUGCACAUUUGGAUUCAUGUGUCAUAAUUUGUCUUCUCAUUGGUCGUGUUUUAAAUGAGAUAUUUUGCUUAUUUGUUUGUGAUUGCUGUGCAUAAAUUGGUAUUUGUUUUUGUUACUUUUGAAUUGUUCUCAUGCACUUUUUGAAGCCCCCACAAAAGGUCACUUGUGCGGCUGUGGGAGUGCACUUUUGUUUUACGUUUAAUCCAAAGUCAAGUACAGGAUCUCUUACUACAUACUUGGUCCAGAAAUCUGGAUUCAGCCAAGGUCUCACCCUCCAUCCUUCCUCCAUCCAUCAUGUUUUGACUUCAAGCUGCAGUCCACAGAUCAUUUAAGGUAGUUGAGUGUAUCAGACUGUAAAUUGUAGCAUUAAAAACAUAUGCAGCUAUUCUGACUGAAUCUCACAACUUGAAGGACCAUGUAAGGAAAUAACGCCCCUGUAUACGUCUGCAGUGAUUUUUCUUUUGUGUAUUUUUGGAGGAAGUGUUGCGGGUCGCAGACAGCCGAAACCACAUUGGAAUAACAGGGCCUAUCUCAGGAAUUUAAGGUAUCAUAAAUUUUGAGGUAGAUUGUCAAGAUUUAAUGAUGCUGCAGGAAAGUUGUUUUCAGGAAAGUUGAUUCAUUUUUUUUUUCAUUUACAUGGUAGAUCUGGAUUCCUAAAAGAGAACUGAAGCCUCAAAAAUGUUUUUUUGUUUCUUUCUGUUUGUCCCUCUAGAGGAGCUGAACCACUUCCAGGGAUUUCUUUUAUGUAUGUGACACACAGUGGAGUUUUUUUUUUUUAAUCACAUGUCUUCCUAAAGGUUUGAGGAACACCUCCAGAACUGUCAGAAACAAUUGCCUAUCAUGUACUGUACUGUAGCUCUGCCAUUCUUAUGCAGCGUCUUUACAGAGUUGGCUGAAUUAUUGUGUUUUUACUUUAACCGAUUUCUUUUGUUGAAAUCAUGCAAUCUGCGCGAGUUAUGAUCACGAGGAGAGCCAAUGCACACCCCAGUUUGGCAUCCGCUGAUGUCUCUGUCAUGUUAUGCAGCAGGUAGUGGUUGGAGGAGGGGGUGGGGGGAUUUAUCAGGGGGGGAAUGCGCCUGUGAGAGGAGUCUAAAACACACUGCAGAAUGGUUGCACAUGAGGGAACAAUUGCCUUAAAAUGUGGCAAUGAAUGGGAUUGGCUACCUUAAAUCACACAUUUCAAAUGAAAGAUGGCCUCCACUAAUGUAUUAACUUUCCAAUCUUGUUGGGGGUCCUAUGUGAGACAUUUCUUUCAUCCUCUUCAUGCUUUCCUCAUCACUCCUCAUGCAAAAGCUAACAUGCUGCAAUCACAGUUCUAUCAGUUUUACCGUAGUUGAGACUACAUCUCGUCUAAAAAGGAUGCAGAGCACCCAAGUGCAAAACUAUUCUCAUGUGUUAUCCUCUGGCAUCACACUGCAAACACUCAACUGUCAACGAAGGUGGAUUUUCUGAGUGUCUCUCACCAGAAAUGUAGUUUUGAAUCAAUUGAAUCCACAAAUCCGACUUAAACAUGAGAAUUCGGCGGCGUAGGAAGAAGAAGAAGUGAUGGCUGUAGAUUUGCAGAAAGACAAAAGAAAUCUUGAUUUUCCACUGCAGGGUAGUGGAAGCAGGGCAAUACCGGUAUACGCUCUUUUUAGGGACUCCAGUUUUUUGUUUAGUGCGUGUGAGUGUGUAGGUCUGUUUUAGUGGUUCUUGCGCUAGACAGGAAGUAUAAAGUCACACCCCCCUUUGAAAUGACUUGACAGCUGAGUUGACCAGGAGUGCAACUGAACUUGAAAACCAAACAGCAACUAAACAUAUCAGGACAAGAUGCAGAGAAGCUGCUCUGCCCACUGUCACCUCCACUCCCCCUCCCACUGUCCUUCACCUUUCUUUAAUGCUGAUUGGAGUUUUAAAGGCCACCUGAUCGGUCCGUCCUCAUGUCUCGUUUUCUCGCCAGAAUCAUAAAUGUGAUGCUUUGCAAAUGAGUGGACCUGCAGUAUUAUCUAUUUUGGCUUGUUUACGCCCGUCUCUACUGAUUCACACUACCUUAAAAACCAGUGAACUUCUUUAAUUAUGUGAAGGUUGGAAGUAUGUUUUCAGUUAUACUCACGUCUUUCCAUCUUUUUGGCUAAUAUUCUGAUUCUGUUUUUGAUGGACUUAAACAAUGCUAGUGAAUUUGGGCGUGGGUUUCUAAACCUAAAUUAACAAUCAUUUAAAAGAGUAAGCUUACCUCCACUCCCAAAGCGAAUAAAGAGACGUAAACAACGCUACGAAGGUGGGCUUGAACGCUCAAUGGUUGGUUUCAGUUCAUGGCAGGUAAGCUUUGCUCUAAAACUCCAGUCUGCGAUUUUUUUUUUUCGUCAUUUCUUUAUUUUUUUUAUUUUCUGUGGCAACAUCUCCCCCUGUCCAUGUUGCUCACCUCCUCUCUACCCUUUCGUCCACUCUUCUUCUUCUUCCAUCCCCUCCUCCUCCUUCAGUUAUGUUGAGGAAGAAGCUUCUUUUUGCAUCCCUUGUUCCAGUGUUUUUAUAUCCUAUUUUUUGGAGAUGAAUUAUAAAUGCAUGCAUGGGAAACUUUAAAACGAUGACUUUUGACCUGAUUGUGAAUGGCCAUGUGAAGGGAAGCCUGUCCUCUGUUUUAAAAAAAAAAGAAAAAAAAAAGGGAAAGCUCUCAUCAUCCACUCUUUCUGUCUCUGCCAGAUGUAGGACAUGUUAGUGAAUGAUCCACCCACUCUUGAAUGCCUUUACUGUGAUACAUGUGAACCUCGUAUUUACACUGUGCAGCACCACAGCGGGAUUUGGCGACAGCGCUUUGUGCUCCAGUGUCAUGGUGUCAAUGCUUGUUUGGUAUGUGAAGCAAAGAGUCUCCAUUUAAAAGCAUAUCAAAAAUAUUGUCGGUCACCACUCUUUAAUUUUAGAUUUACAAGAACUUAUUUAUGUUGAUGUCAAGGAAAAACCGUUUCCAUCGUCUAUCUCUUGCUCAGUUUUUUGUGCCUUGUGUCAUUUGAUUUCUUUAUCCUGCGAGAUUUUCAAAAUAAGAGAAUAAACCAUCUUGUUCGACGAUGAAAGAUGUAGACUUUUUUUUAUUUUCUUCCUCAUUUGAUCAACCGUUCAGAGGUUGUUGUAUGUCCAUCAAACAGAGACAGAAAAGAAAGGAUGAUGGGGACAAAGACGAGAGGCUUCCCUCCAUUUCUGAACUGGGUCUGUGCCGGAGAGACUUAUGCUGGAUAUAAUUUUACUGUCAUUACACUGGAGAGAGAACGACAAAAGAAUCAAGAACAGUAUAAAAUAUAUUUCAAUGGAAUGUUUAUUAUUUACCUUUUCUAUUUUUGAAACAUGUAAAGAACAAAAGAGGUAAAACUGUAACAAAUCAACAGCAUUUGUGAAAAAGAGACUUAUAAAAAAACAGAUAUAUUGUUAAAACGUAUGAAGGUUUGACUGUGAAUGCUGAUUUACCUGAGCAACUCUUCUCCUUUACUGAUAGGAUAAAUAAAAAAAAACAACAACAAAUGAAUAAUAAUAAAAAAAACAAAAACUACUGGUAAAAAGCAAAAUAAUUCAGUUGAAAAAGAGACCUCAAAAACUCAAUAAAAAUAUUAAAAGCCUAUGCCAAAACUUCCC